AUGUCGAAAGUCCUCCUACUGACUACAGUAAGAUGAGUACUAAAGUGAAUAUUGCAGUGUCUUGAAAUAUGACUCUAAUAGGAAGUAUUUUUCUCACAGAGGGAGUUGCUUGCUUUAGCAAAACCAACAGUGGAGUCGACCAUGGGGAUGCCAGAGGACUUAUCGAUAGUCGGGAACAGAACCUUCCUGGACUCUGAGUUCCGCUACACCCUCUUCCCAGUGUUCUACAGUGUUGUGUUCAUCCUUGGGCUGAUACUCAACAGUUACGUGUUGUUCGUGCUGUGGCGCCUGCGCAACGCCAAGGCAAUGAACGAGAUCUGCAUCUACAUGGCCAACCUGACUGUGGCCGACCUCCUCUUCGUGUGCGCCCUCCCCUUCUGGAUCGGCUACUACCACCACGGCGGUGUCUGGCUCUACGGCGACUUCCUGUGCCGUGUCACCGGCGUGUUCUUCUUCAUCAACACCUACUGCUCCGUCCUCUUCCUCACCGCCAUCAGCGUCAACCGCUACUGGGCCGUCACGCGCCCGCUGGACGCCGCCUCGUCCGACCAUUGGUGCCGUGGGGUGGCCGUCACAAUGGUCAUCUGGGUGGUCACUCUGUCCAUGUCGGUGCCGUAUCUCUUGGAGACAGGCAUCCAGGUUGACAAGGACAACGUGUCGCGAUGCUUCGAGGGCUACCACCACGAGACGGACAGCGAGAAGCGGCUUGUGGCCGCAACCCACCUUACCAUUGUGGGAUGCUUCGUCUUGGUCUUCUUCCUCGUCGUAGUGUGUAAUCUGCUCAUCGCCCGGGCGUUACUAGCGCAGUCCUCUACACAGGCCCAGUUGCUUUGCUCAAGUUCCUCCAAACCCCGGGGGGUGAAGGGCCGGGCCCUGCAGAUGCUGUGUGCUGUGGUGGGGGUGUUUGUGGUGUGCUUCCUCCCCCACCACGUGGUCCAGGGACCCUGGACCCUGGCUGUGCUGGACAUCAAGGAGGGAUGGGGCAGCAUAGACUGGAACAAGAGGACCAGGCAGUGGUUGAACGACGCCCACCAGGUCACCCUGAUGCUGAUGGGGCUCAACUGCCUCUUGGACCCCGUAGUGUACUGCUUCGCCACCAGGAGAUUCCACCUGUACAUCAAGGACCAUCUGAAAAAGAUGGGAAGGGGCAAAGGCUGCUCGGAAACAGCCAUCACACACAUGUCUAUGGAGGAGUGCAAGAAUGUGAGCCAGCAGCACAAUAGAGAACAGUAGCAGCUCAAUAAUUAAAGUCCUACAAUGUAAUGGAAAACUGUCAUUUAUACGGUAACUUUGGGUAUUAUCAACAGUAAAUUAUUCUAAACGUUUUACUGCAGCAUAGUGUAAAUUGUUGUGGGCAUGGAAAUAAUUAAAUGGUACUGUAAUUCCACCACACAUAAUACAGUACUGUACCGUGUCUUUGGAGCGCCAAAAACCUUUUGACCAGUUGUGGUGCAUGGAAUUGUUGUUUCUGGCUCAUUAACAUAUUUUGAGGCAUGCCUUGUAAGAAGCUAUAUUUGUUGCACCCAUGAGUGAAAAUGCUGAACCAAUUUAACUCCUAUGUUCUAGGAGACAGAUUGUAUAGGGAACAGAUUUUAGUGGCAGCAAGUCUUGAACCUUAAAUGGUUGAGCAUUUUGCCGUGUCCUUUUGGUCUGUUUUUCCCUGUAGUCGCUGCCAGUUUGGAAGACUUUGUAAAGGCCACUAGAGGUGCAAGUGAUAUAAAACACCAAAUAUGCAUUAAUAUGCUGUAAUGUGUAAACAUUUUACCUAGCAGCCACCCUCAGUGGGUCGUUUACAACCAGAUGCAUGUGGUUUUCAGGGGAAAUGGAAAGAGAGCCUGUGACGCUCAAGAGACUUCCGCUUUUGAACGAUAACAAGGCGACACUCCCAUCGUAACUCCUCCUCCACUUUUAUUGGAUUGGUUGAACAGUGCAGAAGAGAACCUCCCCCAACAGAUUUUCUUCUUCUCGUCAGCUACAUUAGGUUACCUAGCAGCCAACCUGCUUGCACCAAUCCCUUGUUAUUACAGUAAAAUACUGUGAAAUACAAACUCCUCCCCUCAAUUAAUUUCAUUCAUUCAUUCAUUCCGAUUACGGUAGCAUAUUUCUUUUUUACUGUAUAAUACAGUACAUUUUACGCUAUUGUACUGUGUGUCAUUACACAGUACUUGCUUUGAUACCAUAUUUAUAUUACAGUAGGUGUACUGUAAUAUGAAAUACGAAAUUGUACUAGCCACUGAGCUGCCUGUAAGUUGCUGUCAAAUUCACGGCAACACCUUUAAAGGGGAGCUAACGUUGUAUUGUAGAUAUUCUGGCCAUGCUAAUGCUGACUUUUCUUGGUGACCACAUCCUCAGGAUGCUUUCAAUCAAACCACAAACCCACACCUGAUGCAAUUUGUAAAGCAACAUGUCACUUAUGUUUUCAGUUCUACUGUUAUAUUGUAUCUCACACUGUAUCUUACACUUUAUCCUUGUGACAGACUUGCGACAUCAAUUUCACCACCUCUUUCUUCCUGUUCUUUUUCUCUUUGAGUGUAAACAGAGUAGAAAAGCAGAAGUUUCAUAGGGAACUGGAGCUUCUAUAAAUGAUAGAUUCACUCCUCUUACAAUUCCCUCCGGAAGGAAAUUAGGGGCUCUAUUCAAUCAGAUCCUCUUUAGCAGACAUUUGCAUAGCGGUUGUUUUGGCGCUGUAGGAGGUGGAACUGGAUGGAGCUGUCAAAUCCACAAGCAGCUCCUGGCAUUAUACCUAAAGCGGACAUUGCCAUUGACUGCACAGAGUCGCAUAAAGAUAAAUCCCAUGCGGCCAUGUGUACAAGUUUGAAUACUGGAAUGUGAGCUGUAAUCUACACCUGAUAGAAAUCCUCAUUAUUUUGUUGCAUGAUUUAAAAUUUGAGCAUCAUUAUUUCUAUGUAGCCUAUACUUUCUCGUUCUGAACUUCUAACGUGAGUAGGAUUGGUGUGGCUUUGUGACAAUGAUCAAGACCAGCUGCUCACCGAUAUGACAGGUCAAAUGCAGUUACACCGCCAAAACAUCAGCUAUGCGGGUGUCAACUAUCGCCCGUUAACGCUUGAUCUGAUUGAAUCUAGGCCUAAGGGUCCCACUGUUCGGCAAGAAUAGGAGCAAGGCAAGUUUCAUUCAGUCAUCAGGAUGCUGAACAAUGGGACAUAGGACAGAUGCAGGCCCAAUACACGGUUGGACAGUAGUCCGCAAAGACGUUGAAUAUGUGAACAUUUAAAUGUGUGACUUUUGUACUAACUUUCCAGUUUUCCGUACUGCAUGUAAUAUAUGUGACUCGUUUCAGGAAACUAGGCGUAUGUCACACCUCACUCCUUCACAGGAGUGCCAUUUUAACGUAAACUUUUAUUUAUUUAUCAAAAUGCGUUUUUGGGGCAGAAAUGCCUUCUGGAACGUGAACUUUCAUGUGCCUUAAUAACAAACUUGUAUGCCAUUAUUAAAUACAAAUAAAAUUGUUAAAUUAAGAGCCUAGUUGGUUUAGCCAUGGAAAAAGACAGCAACCUUCCCCCUAGCCAUGAUUGGCUGAGAUAAUGAGUGGGCUGGACAUGCCGAGAGAUGAGUUCGGAUUGGUCUGCCAUGUAGCGCGCUUCUGUCCAUAACAUGAGCUGGUCAGUAUGUGUAGGUAAUCCUUUCUAAUGCAGCUUUUUUGAAAUAAAUCACUUAGAAGAACUGCAUAAGUGUUGCUCUCCACUUUCUGGAGGACCGAGUUUUGAAAUCAGUGGAAUUAGAGUAUGAUAGCUAAGGAGAUGGAGAACAUUCUGGCGUUUUAUGGCAAAUAUGCAGACAGAGUCAAAAAGAGAACACACAGAAGGCUGUUGGAUAAAACACCUGUCUCCGGAUUACAUCUUCAAACUAAGGGCAACCAUGGCAUCUGUGACAGAGAGGGAAAAGCGUCCAUCCAUGUAUACGUGUAAGAUAGUCUAGUUUGCUCCAUUUUCAAAUAUUACACGUUUCUAAUUUUGUCAGAAAGUCGUUUUCAUUUCAAGUUAAAGUGUACUGUUAGCUAGCUAGCUAACGUUAGCUGGCUGGCUUGCUAGCUAACGUUACGCGUAUGAUCUGUGUAGUAAUAUUAUUCGUAUCUCAGAGCCAUUUGCGUUGCUAGUUAUAACCUAUUGUUAGCUAGCUAACAUUGAACCUGGUUGGUUAGCUACCUGCAGAUUCAUGCAGGGUAGUAACAUUAUGAGUUGGGAUUAUGGUUCAUUGUUUAGAUAGCUAGCUACAUGUCUAAACAAAAGGCUCCACUAUGCAAGUAACUAUUUCAAUAGAAUGUUUAUGAUGUCACUGCGACAACUGUUGAUAGACAGUAAAUUCGUUCUGGUUAUCUACUCUGAUUUCAGAGCACUCUCGUCUGAGUGUGCCAGAGCGCAGAAUAACUGACGAAUUUAUGAACGCUCAACACCCGUUGAUAUGAUUUGAUUUGAUUUGAUUUGAUAUGUCCGGUGUCAGUGAACUUUGGCAAAAAAGCGUAAUUAAAUUGUUGCCAGCAGCACAGUUGCAAGUCACCAACGCUCUGGAUAACAUAACAGCCUAACCAGCUCUGCUAGGGCGAGUAAAAUGGUCAGAGUGAGCUGUUCUCUCAUUUGUGUCUGGAAUUAGCUCGCAAGCUAGCCAACGUUAGCCAGUUAGCUUGGGUGGUUGACUGCUGUUGUUAUGUCGGAAUGCUCGGAUCAACCCUACUCCUCAGCCAGAGCGUCCAGUGUGCGCUCUGAACAUAAGAACGGACAAUCUGACAACGCUCUGAGUUUACGAACGCCCAGAGCACACUCUGGCACUCCAGAUUAAAUUUACGAACACACCCGUAGCAUAAACCAGCCUUUAGUCUUGAAAUCUUUGUUUGUUUAGGCCCCGUGUAGCUCAGUUGGUAGAGCAUGGCGCUUGCAACGCCAGGGUUGUGGGUUCGAUUCCCACGGGGGGCCAGUAUGAAGAAAAAAAAUGCAUGCACUAACUGUAAAGUCGCUCUGGAUAAGAGCGUCUGCUAAAUGACUAAAUUGUAAAUGUUUAGUACAUAGCCUCACAUGUGAAUCCUUAAAGAGAUGGUGGGGCUAAAUAUUAAGAGGGUGUGAACGAUGCUGAAUGGGUGUAGACAAAGAAGAGCUCUCCAGUAGGUAACAAAACAUUCAAGGGCCAUUUUCUCAAAAGUGAGGUUACAAGUAUAUCAACUUUCAAAGCAGAAUUACUUUCCCAUUGUUCCUCAACUGUAGUGUAUGAUAUAACAUUUUAUAGCUUGGAGUCUCUACUUAUCCAAUGUAAAAAAACACAAUUUCAAUUUUUGCUACAUAAGACCGAAUCGAGCCGGUUGGUCACAUAUUAUAGUAUAUUAUAUACAGUUUUACGUACUGCAUGUAACAUAUUGUGUUGUGUUUGUGUAUUUGUAUGCUGAUGUUAGGAAAUAAAUGUCCAUGUAAAUGGACAAACUAUAUCAUAUCGUAUUUGUUUUGUAAGAUUGCAAAACAAAUACUGGGAGCCCAGAAGUACUUUUUAAAAUGUGAUGCAUUGCUAUUAUUAUUGUAAAUAAUUUUUGUCAUUUUAGUCAAAGAAUGAUGGAGUAACAAGCUUCAAGGUCCUUUUACGAGGCUGGUAACCAUUCCACUGGGCACAGAUGUCAAUUCAACAUCUAUUCCACAUUGGGUCAGCGUAAUUUCAUUGAAACAAUGUUGAUUCAACCAGUGUAUGCCCAGUGGGAUGUGAUGAACUUGAUGACUUCUCAGCUGUCAGCUGCUGAAGUAUAAACAGAGACGGUUUAUGAAGUAAAUUGACCUCUAGUAUAAAUGUUGCACUUACUGUAACGCUUUGUAUGUGAUGCAGUUGAAACAUAUUGUGUAACACGCUGUAAUACAUUCUCAAAUAAAAAAAAUAUCUAACGGAUAGAUUGUUAUUGAAAUGCCAGUUUUUUUUGUUUCACAAACAAAAAGCUACCAUUAAAAUUUUAUGGGAAAUAUAACAAACAAACAUUUACACUUUUCAAACCUCUUCUUUUUUGUAAGUAAGCCACAUUUGGCUUCUCUUCAAAUAUUACACAAAUACUAAGACAGACAGACAUAUACUUAGGGACAGUUUCUCUGACACAUGGUCAAUGGAGAAUUGCAAUUGUUUUUUAGUCCAGCAAUAGGUUUAAUCUGUGUGGAAAACCGCCCAACAAUUUUAAAAGUGAGCGAAGGAGGAAGUAUCACUUCUGGUAUCUACAGUAUGUGGUUUAUCAAGUGGGGUGUUCUAGUGUUACAUUCAUGUUACAUUUACAUAUGAUGUUCCUGUCCUCUGGGGAUGUCCAAUCAUUCUCGCUAGUGGUGGAAAAAGUACCCAAUUGUCAGACCUGAGUAAAAGUAAAGAUACCUUAAUAGAAAAUGACUCAAGUGAAAGUCACCCAGUAAAAUACUACUUGAGUAAAAGUCUAAAAGUAUUUGGUUUUAAAUAUACUUAAGUAUCAAAAGUAAAUGUAAUUGCUAAAAUAUACUUAAGUAUCAACAGUGAAAGUAUAAAUCAUUUCAAAUUCCUUAUAUUAACCAAACCAGAUGGUUAGCCAUGGGCACACUCCAACACGCCGACAUCAUUUACAAAUGAAGCAUAUGUGUUUAGUGAGUCCAAAAGAUCAGAUGCAGUAGGGAUGACCAGCGAUGUUCUCUUGAUAAGUACGUGAAUUGGACCAUUUUCCUGUCCUGCUAAGCAUUCAAAAUGUAAAGAGUACUUUUGGGUGUCAGGGAAAAUGUAUGGAGUAAAAAGUACAUUAGUUUCUUUAGGAACUUUGUGAAUUAAAAGUUGUCAAAAAUAUAAAUAAGUAAGUACAUAUACCCCAAAAAACUACUUAAGUGGUACUUUAAAGUAUUUUUACUUAAGUACUUUACACCAGUGAUUCUCGCUCAUGACAAGGUGGUGUAGACGUUAUCUCAACAAGGCGUAGGUAUCAUCCCAAGGUGGAGUAGGUAUCAUCCCCUUUCAUGAAGGUGGGGCACCUGUCGCUGUAGGCUCGGUUGGUUUCAUCAGUUCAUAUAGACUACUCCCUCAUCCCCAGUCUGGGCCUAGGGCUGACACCCCACCAUAGUGGUGAUAGCAGACACUACAUCAAAUGAUUGCAUGCAUGUGUCUAAUAACUACAGAAUUGUGUUCCAUUACACAUUGUUCGGUAAUUUACUUUGACGACAUAUCCAUAACGCAUUCAUUACACAUCUAUAAGCAUUUCAUGAACGUGUUAUAACAGGACCCAACCACAUUAUUGAAGGUUAAUUAAGUAUAUCCAUAGCAUAUCUAUAGCACGUACAUGUCAUGCUAUGCAAGGCCGUCAUUGUAAAUAAGAAUUUGUUCAUAAAUGACUUGCCUAGUUAAAUAAAGGUAAAAUUAAAAUUAAAAAAUAAAUGUAGGUAUCUUAAUAGAUUCAUUAUUACAAUAACAGUACACUGUCAUCAUUAUGGCUGUUUUCAAAAGUGUGCUUCUGCCAAACCAGUGUUAGCUAGUGAAUAUGUCAAAAGGCCAAACCACGUUUAGAAAAUUAUGCUGAAAUUUUGCCUGUAUCAGCCCAAUUUUCCCUCACCGGCCGGUAUAGGCCCGUGACUUACCUUCUUCACUGAGGUCAAUGGUGCAUGAAGAUCCCCACAGGUUUGAAUCCUCAGGGUACAUUUUAUGGAUCAAGUCGUGUAGUUGAGGGUCAUAUCAUAACUCUUUCGUAACUCAUUAAAGUUGGUCACACUGGUCUAUAAUGCACACAUGAAGGGUCUAUGUAUAGAUUCUAUGCAGUCAAUGUAAAGUGAAAUCUAUGUAUUUUCCCAUUCAUAAGGCAUUCAUAGCUAAGCACUUGAUGGUAAAUAACUGUGCAGUUUGCCACUGAUCUAUAACACUAUUAAAGGUCUACAUGAAUUUUAUGCAGUCAAUGUAAUGGAAUUUCUAUUUUCCCAUUCAUAAAGCAUUUAUAAACAUGCCCCACUUAUCAAAAGAAUACUGACACAACACAGAAUGUUACAGGAAACAUUUUAACAUUUUAUUUACAUUUUCCAGGUGUAGCACAGAAAACAAUUGAGGACAUGGCCGAAGAAUCCUAGCUACUAUAGACAUUUUUCAAUUGGACUUUUCUUGAAUAGAUUUAACAAAGAUUUAUAUUCAAACCAUUCAAAUUCACUUCCCUAGGAGAAGGACGGAAGCAAUACUGCAAUGCAUUCCGGCAGGAGUUGUUCACAAUCUAGUCCGGUUGCGGCAACAACUAGACCUUGUUUCAAAUGUAUCAAGAAAUGAUCUUAUUUGUAUGCCUAGCAAUCAACAAAUGUACAUUGUUUAGCACACAUGUUUACAAGUCUCAGUCACAAUUAACAGCUCCAAUAAGCCCCCAGUGGUGAACGACAUGUGAAUGAGAAGCUUGUAGAAUCAUGACUCUUUCAAGUUUUCAGUUCAUUGUUCUCCGGUAGGUGUUUCUGCGUGCUCUGGGCAUUACUGACUCAAGUGAAUGAAAUUAGUCGAAAGGUUCGUUCUUUUGACUUAACAAGUCGAAAAGAUCAGAGUCAGUAAAAAGAGCUGAACUUCCCAUCACUACUUUAAACAGGACAAAUUAAGAGACAGAAACCAGUUGCUUCAUUUUGACUGCAAAAGAGAGGUGAGAGGUCAGUGUUACAUUACAUUUUCGUCAUUUAGCAGACGCUCUUAUCCAGAGCGACUUACAAAUUUAUGCAUUCACCUUAUGAUAGCCAGUGGGACAACCACUUUACAAUAUAUAUUAUUUUUUCUUUGGGGUGGGGUAAGGGGGGGUAGAAGGAUUACUUUAUCCUAUCCCAGGUAUUCCUUAAAGAGGUGGAGUUUCAAGUGUCUCCGGAAGGUGGUGAGUGACUUCGCUGUCCUGGCGUCGUGAGGGAGCUUGUUCCACCAUUGGGGUGCCAGAGCAGCGAACAGUUUUGACUGGGCUGAGCGGGAACUGUGCUUCCGCAGAGGUAGUGGGGCCAGCAGGCCAGAGUUGGAUGAACGCAAUGCCCUCGUUUGGGUGUAGGGACUGAUCAGAGCCUGAAGGUACAGAGGUGCCGUUCCCCUCACAGCUCCAUAGGCAAGCACCAUGGUCUUGUAGCAGAUGCGAGCUUCAAUUGGAAGCCAGUGGAGUGUGAGGUGACGUGAGAGAACUUGGGAAGGUUGAACACCAGACGGGCUGCGGCGUUCUGGAUGAGUUGUAGGGGUUUAAUGGCACAGGCAGGGAGUCCAGCCAACAGCGAGUUGCAGUAAUCCAGACGGGAGAUGACAAGUGCCUGGAUUAGGACCUGUGCCGCUUCCUGUGUAAGGCAGGGUCGUACUCUGCAAAUGUUGUAGAGCAUGAACCUACAGGAUCGGGUCACCGCCUUGAUGUUAGCGGAGAACGACAGGGUGUUGUCCAGGGUCACGCCAAGGCUCUUUGCACUCUGGGAGGAGGACACAACGGAGUUGUCAACCGUGAUGGCGAGAUCAUGGAACGGGCAGCUUGAGGUGGUGAUCUGUCAUCCACACUGAUAUGUCUGCCAGACAUGCAGAGAUGCGAUUCGCCACCUGGUUAUCAGAAGGGGGAAAGGAGAAGAUUAGUUGUGUGUCGUCUGCGUAGCAAUGAUUGGAGAGGCCAUGUGAGGAUAUGACAGAGCCAAGUGACUUCGUGUAUAGCGAGAAUAGGAGAGGGCCUAGAACUGAGCCCUGGGGGACACCAGUGGUGAGAGCACGUGGUGCGGAGACAGAUUCUCGCCACGCCACCUGGUAGGAGUGACCUGUCAGUUCGGACGCAAUCCAAGAGUGAGCCGCGCCGGAGAUGCCCAACUCGUAGAGGGUGGAGAGGAGGAUCUGAUGGUUCACAGUAUCAAAGGCAGCAGAUAGGUCUAGAAGGAUGAGAGCAGAGGAGAGAGAGUUAGCUUUAGCAGUGCGGAGAGCCUCCGUGACACAGAGAAGAGCAGUCUCAGUUGAUGAGCGAGGUGAGGUAAGGGAGAAGGUCUCCGGAAAUUGUCUGGAGAAGAGAGGAGGGGAUAGGGCUAAGCGGGCAGGUUGUUGGGCGGCCGGCCGUCACAAGUCGCAAGAUUUCAUCUGGAGAGAGAGGGGAGAAAGAAGUCAAAGCAUAGGGUAGGGCAGUGUGAGCAGGACCAGCGGUGUCAUUUGACUUAACAAACGAGGAUUGGAUGUCGUCAUACUUCUUUUCAAAAUGGUUGACGAAGUCAUCCACAGAGAGGGAGGAGGGGGGGGGGGGGGGGGGGGGGGGGGGAUUCAGCAGGGAGGAGAAGGUGGCAAAGAGCUUCCUAGGGUUAGAGGCAGAUACUUAGAAUUUAGAGUGGUAGAAAGUGGCUUUAGCAGCAGAAACAGAGGAAGAAAAUGUAGAGAGGAGGGAGUGAAAAGAUUCCAGGUCCGCAGGGAGUCUAGUUUUCCUCCAUUUCCGCUCGGCUGCCCGGAGCCCUGUUCUGUGAGUUCGCAAUGAGUCGUCAAGCCACGGAGCAGGAGGGGAGGACCGAGCCGGCCGGGAGGAUAGGGGACAUAGAGAUUCAAAGGAUGCAGAAAGGGAGGAGAGGAGGAUUGAGGAGGCAGAAUCAGGAGAUUGGAGGGAGAAGGAUUGAGCAGAGGGAAGAGAUGAUAGGAUGGAAGAGGAGAGAGUAGCGGGAGAGAGAGAGCGAAGGUUGCGACGGCACAUUACCAUCUGAGUAGGGGCAGAGUGAGUAGUGUUGGAGGACAGCGAGAGAGAAAAGGAUACAAAGUAGUGGUCGAGACUUAGAGGGGAGUUUAGUAGAAGAACAGCAUCUAGUAAAGAUGAGGUCAAGUGUAUUGCCUGCCUUGUGAGUAGGGGGGGACGGUGAGAGGGUGAGGUCAAAAGAGGAGAGGAGUGGAAAGAAGGAGGCAGAGAGAAAUUAGUCAAAGGUAGACGUAGGGAGGUUAAAGUCACCCAGAACUGUGAGGGGUGAGCCAUCCUCAGGAAAGGAACUUAUCAAGGCACCACUCCUGGUAACACAUCUCCUGGCACCACAUCACUUCCUGGUGACAAUCAAGCCAAAGCGUUCUUUUGGCUUCUUAGCUAUUUUUCUGUUUUAAAUGUGCAAAAGUACGGGCGUUACUAGCCCAGUCCCCUACCCAGGCUCGGGCCUCCUGUUCCUCCAAACCACGGGGGUUGAAGUGCCGGGCCCUGCAGAUGCUGUGCGCUGUGGUGGGGGUUUUCGUGGUGUGCUUCCUCCCCCACCACGUGGUCCAGAGCCCCUGGACCCUGGCUGUACUGGAGAUUAAGGAGGGCUGGGGCAGCAUAGACUGGAACAAAAGGACCAGGCAGUGGUUGAACAACGCCCACCAGGUCACCCUGAUGCUGAUGGGGCUCAACUGCCUCUUGGACGCCGUAGUGUACUGCUUCGCCACCAGGAGAUUCCACAUGUACAUCAAGGACCAUCUGAAAAAGAUGGGAAGGGGCAAAGGCUGCUCGGAAACAGCCAUCACACACAUCUCUAUGGUGGAGUGGAAGAAUGUGAGCCAGCGGCUCCAUAGCGAACAUCAGCAGCUCAAGAAUUAAAGUCCUACACUGUAAUGGAAAACUGUAAUUUAUACGGUAACUUUGGGUAUUAUAAACAGUAAAAUACUCAGCAUAGUGUAAAUUGUUGUGGGCGGGGAAAUAAUUGCUUUAUUUUGAAUGGUACUGUAAUUCCACCCCACAGAAUACAGUACUGUACCGUGUUUUUGGAGUGCCAAAAACCUUUUGACCAGUUGUGGGUGCAUGGUAUUGUUGUUUCUGGCUCAUUAACAUACUUUGAGCCGUGCCUUGUAAUUGCACCCAUGAGUGAAAUUGCUGAACCAAUUUAACUCCUAUGUUCUAGGAGACAGAUUGUAUAGGGAACAGAUUUUAGUGGCAGCAAGUCUUAAACCUUAAAUGGUUGAGCAUUUUGCCAUGUCCUUUUGGUCUGUUUUGCCUUGUAGUCGCUGCCAGUUUGGAAGCCUUUGUUAAGGCCUCUAGAAGUGCAAGUGAUAUAAAACACCAAAUAUGCAUUAAUAUGCUGUAAUGUGUAAACAAUUUACCUAGCAGCCACCCUCAGUGGGUUGUUUACAACCAGAUGCAUGUGGUUUUCAGGGGAAAUGGAAAGAGAGAUUGUGACACUCAAGAGACUUCCGCUUUUGAACGAUAACAAGGCGACACUCCCAUCGUAACUCCUCCUCCACAUUUACUGGAUUGGUUGAACAGUGCAGAAGAGAACCUCCCCCAACAGUUUUUUUCUUCUCGUCAGCUACAUUAGGUUACCUAGCAGCCAACCUGCUUGCACCAAUCCCUUGUUAUUACAGUAAAAUACAAACCCGUACCUUCAAUGAAUUUCACAUUCCGAUUACGGUAGCAUUAUAAAAAAAAUAGUAUAAUACAGUACAUUUUACGGUAUUGUUAACAUAUUUAUAUUACAGUAGGCAAACGAGUCCCCUUCUUAAGCUUUGCAGAUAGAUAAACCCGGUACAGCUACUGUAGUGUUGAAGGAUGAUUUAUUGCCACCGCUUCGUAGGUACAAUAAUAAUGACUGAAAUGAGUAAAACUGAAAUAUAGAAAGAAAAGAACAAUGAGUAUGACUUAUUGUAUGCUAUCUGGAUACUAGGCUUCAUUCUCAAUAAUAACACAGCAUGUAUUUGUAUACAUGUUCAUAAACACAGAAAUAUGCAGCAUUAUGCAUUAAAUCGGAUGUAGCUAAUUCCCAACAACAUGACAAGAUCAAAUGCACUGAACAGAUAUCCAUGUGGCAAUCAAGAAGAUUCAUAAAUCACAUUAAAAUGAUCAUCCGUACAAAAUAGCAUGGCGUUUGCAACGCCAGGGUUGUGGGUUCAUUUCCCACGGGGGGCUAGUAUAAAAAAAAAAAAAAUUAUUCACUAACUGUAAGUCGCUCUGGAUAAGAGCGUCUGCUAAAUGACUAAAAUGUAAUGUAAAUGAUAUCAUCAUGAAUGGAAUGCCAAAUGUGUUAUGAUCAAUUUUACUUACAGACAAUGCUUCUACAAAAUGAUGGCAAGAAUGAUGGAGUUUGAUAACGUCUGCAGCUCCACAGUGUGACUUUCACCAUUUUGGAAUGUAACAAUUCUUCUUCUACAGGAUUUAGCACAUGAAACAAACAACACACAUCAACACAGGACAGUGGCCCCCAAAUGGUUAACAAUGGAAUUACAUAAUAACCUAAACGCAGUGGUUCCCAAACUUUUUAUAGUCCCGUACCCCUUCAAACAUUUAACCUUCAGCUGCGUACCCCCUCUAGUACCAGGGUCAGCGCACUCUCAAAUGUUGUUUUUUGCCAUCAUUGUAAGCCUGCCACACACACACUAUACGAUACAUUUAUUAAACAUAAGAAUGAGUUUGAGUUUUUGUCACAACCUGGCUCAUGGGAAGUGACAAAGAGCUCUUAUAGGACCAGGGCAAACAGAAUAAUAUAAUAAUACUCAAUAAUUUUGCUCUCUUUUUUUAGCCAUCUUACAUAGAAAACUUUAUUUGUUCAUAACAAAUUGUGAAUAACUCACCACAGGUUAAUGAGAAGGGUGUGCUUGAAAGGAUGCACAUAACUCUGCAAUGUUGGGUUGUAUUGGAGAGAGUCUCAGUCUUAAAUCAUUUUCCACACACAGUCUGUGCCUGUAUUUAGUGUUCAUGCUAGUGAGGGCCAAGAAUCCACUCUCACAUAGGUACGUGGUUGCAAAGGGCAUCUGUGUCUUAACAGCGCGAUUUGCCAAGGCAGGAUACUCUGAGCGCAGCCCUUUCCAGAAAUCUGACAGUGGCUUCUGAUUAAAUUCAAUUUUCACAGAACCACUUGUUGCCAUUUUGAUUAGGCUCUCUUGUUCAGAUAUUGGUGAGUGAACUGGAGGCAAGGCAUGAAAGGGAUAACGAAUCGGCCGAUGUGAGUAAGACCUUUAAACAGGUCAACAUUCACAAGGCCGCAGGGCCCGACGGAUUACCAGGACGUGUACUCCGAGCAUGCGCUGACCAACUGAAAGGUGUCUUCACUGACAUGUUCAACCUCUCCCUGUCUGAGUCUGUAAUACCAACAUGUUUCAAGCAGACCACCAUAGUCCCUGUGCCCAAGAACACUAAGGUAACCUGCCUAAAUGACUACCGACCCGUAGCACUCAUAUCUGUAGCCAUGAAGUGCUUUGAAAGGCAGGUCAUGGCUCACAUCAACACCAUUAUCCCAGAAACCCUAGACCCAUUCCACUUUGCAUACCGCCCCAACAGAUCCACAGAUGAUGCAAUCUCUAUUGUGCUCCACAAUGCCCUUUCACACCCGGACAAAAGGAACACCUAUGUGAGAAUGCUAUUAAUUGACUACAGCUCAGCGUUCAACACCAUAGCGCCCUCAAAGCUCAUCACUAAGCUAAGGACCCUGGGACUAAACACCUCCCUCUGCAACUGGUUCCUGGACUUUCAUUUUUCAUUUCAUUUUUAGUCAUUUAGCAGACGCUCUUCGUGACGGACCGCCCCCUGGUGGUUGCAUCACUGCCUGGUAUGGCAACUGCACAACCUCUGACCGCAAGGCACUACAGAGUGUAGUGUGUACGGCCCAGUACAUCACUGGGGUCUUGCUUCCUGCCAUCAAGGACCUCUAUGCCAGACGGUGUCAGAGGAAGGCCCUAAACAUUGUCAAAGACUCCAGCCACCCUAGUCAUAGACUGUUCUCUCUGCUACCGCACGGCCAGCGGUACCGGAGCGCUAAGUCACUGCUGCUGCUCUCUGUUUAUCAUCUAUGCAUAGUCACUUUAAUAACUCUACCUACAUGUACAUAUUACCUCAAUUACCUCGACUAACCUGUGCCCCCGCACAUUGACUCGAAACCGGUACCCCCUGUAUAUAGCCUCGCUAUUGUUAUUUUUACUGCCGCUCUUUAAUUAUUUGUUACUUUUAUUUAGUAAUAUUUUAUAGUGUAUUUCAUUGUGUGAUUUUUUUUUGUUGGUAUUCUUUCUUAAAACUGCAUUGUUGGUUAAGUGCUUGUAAGUAAGCAUUUCACUGUAAGGUCUACACCUGUUGUAUUCGGCGAAUGUGACAAUCUGUUUUGAUUUGAUUUGAAUCCUGUGACAAUUUGAUUUGAUUUGAUUUGAAUCCAGUUGUUUGUGUCGUCCGUUUCGGGAAAGUACCUGCAUAAUUGCGCACCCAGCUCACUCAGGUGCUUCGCUAUAUAUCACAUUUGACAUUGUCCGUUAGCUUGAGUUCAUUUGCACACAAAAAAUCAUACAAUGAUGGAAAGACCUGUGUUGUCCUUGUUAAUGCAGACAGAGAAGAGCUCCAACUUCUUAAUCAUAGCCUAAAUGUUGUCCCGCACAUUGAAUAUAGUUGCGAAGAGUCCCUGUAAUCCUAGAUUCAGAUCAUUCAGGCGAGGAAAAAAAAGUGUCAAAACUUUGCCCUUUGAUAACCAGCGCACUUCUGUAUGUUGUAAAAGCGUUACAUGGUCGCUGCCCAUAUCAUUGCAUAAUGCAGAAAAUACACGAGAGUUCAGGGGCCUUGCUUUAACAAAGUUAACCAUUUUCACUGUAGUGUCCAAAACAUAUUUCAAGCUGUCAGGCCUUCCCUUGGCAGCAAGAGCCUCUCGGUGGAUGCUGCAGUGUACCCAAGUGGCGUCGGGAGCAACUGGUUGCACGCGUGUUACCACUCCACUAUGUCUCCCUGUCAUGGCUUUUGCGCCAUCAGUACAGAUACCAACACAUCUUGGUAUCUGUACUUUUAUUUUUGAUACUUAAGUACAUGUUAGCAAUUCCAUUGACUUUUGAUACUUAAGUAUAUUUAAAACCAAAUACUUUUAGACUUUUACUCAAGUAGUAUUUUUCUGGGUGCCUUUCACUUUUACUUGAGUCAUUUUCUAUUAAGGUAUCUUUACUUUUACUCAAGUACGACUUUUGAGUACUUUUUCCACCACUGUAUAAGUGAACCCCAAAUCAAUGUAGUUCUCAUCAUAUUUACGCCUCUUCGAUGGUCCGACGUCCCUGUCUGUUGUUCGGUGCUUUCCCGGCUAAGGGGGCAGUAGCUCUUCGGCUGCAUCAGAUUCACAACUGUCAGUGUCCAUGCUAGCUGGGCUAGCAACAAAUAUAGAAUUACUGACGCUAGCGUUGGAUGUGCUCGUGGAAGCAGAACAACUUGUGUCGUCGACAGGUGCAGGUGUAGUACUGCUGGUAGUAGCAGUACUACCAGUAGAGCUGGUAUGUGUCUCUAUGGACGCGGGCCGUACUUUUUAAAACCAUUUAUCCAUUUUUAGAGCAAACGGAAUGAGCAACAGCUAUCUUUGGCUACAUACGGACCGUUAAUGGAAUUCCUGUGAGAGUAACGGUUAAUGUGAUUAGAUGUUAAUUAUUUGACAAUGCUACCUGUAUUUGACAUUGUGUUGUUAUUUCGACGGAACACUAGAUGGUUUAAUUUUAUUUUUGGCAGUGAAACGAGGCUACUCAAGCGGGAAAAAAACAUCACCCAAAUGAAUAGCCCCGUUGGAAAAUCUAAAUGGACUGUUUAAAAAUGUGAAUCACAUUUUAAUUUGGUGUACCACCGACGGCAUCACGCGUACCCCUGGGGAAUAGCCGGCCUAAAGGAACUCAAACCCAAUUACAGGGGCCAGAACAGGAGUACUGUAAUAUGAAAUACAAAAUUGUACUUGCCACUGAACUGCUUGUAUUAUAAUGAAUGCUUUAAGUAAUCUUUGUACCAUUUGGUUCUUAGUUCCCCCCUGCAACAUGUCACAUAUAUUUUCAGUUAUAGUGUACAUUGUAUCUCACACCGUAUCUUACACUUUAUCCUUGUGACAGACUUGCGACUUCAAUUUCACCACCUCUUUCUUCCUGUUCUUUUUCUCUUUGAAUUUAAACAGAGUAGAAAAACAGAAGUUUCAUAGGGAACUGGAGCUUCUUUAAAUGAUAGAUUCACCCCUUAAGCAAUUCCAAAACGUUUGUGUGGUGCAAUGUGAAAUUGCGGUGUUGUGAGCUGGUGCCCUCCGGAAUGAGAUUAAGGGCUCCAUACAAUAAGAUCUGCCAUAGCAGACAUCUGCAUAGCGGUUGUUUAGGCUGUGUAGGAGUUGGAACUGCAGAGCUGUCAAAUCCACAAGCAGCUCCUAAAGCGGACAUUGCCAUUGGCUGCAUGGAGUCGCAUUAAGAUAAAUAACAUGCAGCCUUGUUUACAAGUUCGAACACUGGAAUGUGAGAUGUAAUCUACACCUCGAAUAGGCUGAAAGAAAUCCUCAUUAUCUUGUUGAAUUAUAAAAAAUUUGAGCGUCAUUAUUUCUAUAUAGCCUAUACUUUGUCGUUCUGAACUUCUAACGUGAGUAUGACAGUUGUGGCUUUGUGACAAUAAUCAAGACCAGCUGCUCACCGAGAUGACAGGUCAAAUGCAGUUACACCUCCGACACCGCCAAAACAUCAGCUAUGCGGGUGUCAACUAUCGCCGGUUAACGCUUGAUCUGAUUGAAUCUAGGCCUAAAGGUCCCACUGUUCAGCAAGAACAGGAGCAAAACAAAUACCGGGAGCCCAGAAGUACUUUUUUAAAUGUAAAGCAUUGCUAUUAUUGUUAUUGCUAUUAUUAUUGUAAAGAAUGGAAUGUCUUUCCUUCUUAAUGCGUUUGAGCCAAUCAGUUGUGUUGUGACAAGGUAGGGGUGGUAUACAGAAUACGCCCUAUUUGGUAAAAGACCAUAAGUCCAUAUUAUGGCAAGAACAGCUCAAAUAAGCAAAAAGAAACAACAGUCCAUCAUUACUUUAAGACAUGAAGGUCAGUCAAUCCGGAAAAUGUCAAGAACUUUGAACGUUUCUUCAAGUGCAGUCGCAAAAACCAUUAAGUGCUGUGAUGAAACUGGCUCUCAUGAGGACUGCCACAGGAAAUCAAGACCCAGAGUUACCUCUGCUGUAGAGGAUAAGUUCAUUUAAGUUACCAGCCUCAGAAAUUGCAGCCCAAAUAAAUGCUUCACAGAGUUCAAGUAACAGACACAUGUCAACAUCAACAGUGGUCCUCUGUAGCUCAAUUGGUAGAGCAUGGCGCUUGUAAAGCCAGGGUAGUGGAUUCGAUCCCCGGGACCACCCAUACGUAAAAAUGUAUGCACACAUGACUGUAAGUCGCUUUGGAUAAAAGUGUCUGCUAAAUGGCAAAAAAAAAAAAAAAAAAAAAAAAAAAAACUGUUCUGAGGAGACUGCGUGAAUCAGGCAUUCAUGGUCGAAUUGCUGCAAAGAAACCACUACUAAAGGACACCAAUAAUAACAAGAGACUUGCUUGGGCCAAGAAACACGAGCAAUGGACAUUAGACCGGUGGAAAUCUGUCCUUUGGUCUGAUGAGUACAAAUUUUAGAUUUUUGGUUCCAACCGCCGUGUCUUUGUGAGACGCAGAGUAGGUGAACGGAUGAUCUCUGCAUGUGUGGUUCCCACUGUGAAGCAUGGAGGAGGAAGUGUUAUGUUGUGGGGGUGCUUUGCUGGUGAAACUGUCAGUGAUUUAUUUAGAUUUCAAGGCACACUUAACCAGCAUGGCUACCGCAGCAUUCUGCAGUGAUACGCCAUCCCAUCAGCUUUGCGCUAAGUGGGACUAUAAUUGGUUUUUCAACAGGACAAUGACCCAAAAUACACCUCCAGGCUGUGUAAGGGCUAUUUGACCAAGAAGGAAAAUGCUGGAGUGCUGCAUCAGAUGACCUGGCCUCCACAAUCACCCGACCUCAACCCAAUUGAGAUGGUUUGGGAUGAGUUGGACCGCAGAGUGAAGGAAAAGCAGCCAACAAGUGCUCAGCAUACGUGGGAACUCCUUCAAGACUGUUGGAAAAGCAUUCCUCAUGAAGCUCGUUGAGAGAAUGCCAAGAGUGUGCAAAGCUGUCAUCAAGGCAAAGGGUGGCUACUUUAUACCACAGGUGAUGGCUGCAUGGUGCAGUUGGUGAAGAGCAACUGCAGCGACUUGUAGGCAACUUCAUAAAAAACUGCAUGACCUUUGUCCUUUGUCCUCUCUCCUCCGUCCUCUCCUCACCCAGAAACCGAUAAGUGGUUGAGUGGUCGAUGACUGUGUCAAUUCGUUAGUAGGCAAACGGAAGACGGUUCUCCCCUCCUCGAUAGUCUCCUUUUGGCGAGGAAGAACAAGAGUUUUGAUAUCUGCCACACAACCUUUGAAUCAGUUGUUGUAUUGUCAGAGGAGAAAACCAUACACACAUUUAAAGACAAUAAAAUGUCUUGCACAACUAACUUAAUUCGUUUUUAUCACUUUACACAUUUAUUUGGGGAUCCACCCAAUGAUUUAUAUAUACACUAGAUGACUGACAGGGGGCGCUGUUUUGAAGCGUUUAUUCUAUUACAGAAUAUACAUUUAAAUUACAGUACCAGUCAAAAGUUUGGACACCUACUUAUUCAAGGGGUUUUCUUUAUUUUUACUAUUUUCUACAUUGUAGAAUAAUAGUGAAGACAUCAAAACUAUGAAAUAGCACAUAUGGAAUCAUGUAGUAACCAAAAAAGUGUUAACCUCUACUGGAUGGGUGUCCCAAAAUCGGAACAGUUAUUGCUCAGUACGGAUAAUGUGACUACAAUGACGUUGUAAACAAAAGCACAUUUUCACAGACAUAUACAUGUCUUAUAUGGGCAGAAAGCUUAAAUUAUUGUUAAUCUAAAUGCAGUGUCCAAUUUACAGUAUUGUUUGAAGAGCACAACAACAAAACUAUUUUAUCACGUCGACAGGUGCACAACAACAAAACACUUUUAUCACGGCGACAGGUUUGAUAUAUUCAUAUCUGAAGGUAAAUAAUGUACUUACAUUCAGUAAUCUUGCUCUGAUUUGUCAUCCUGAGGGUCCUAACAAGAUCCAUGUUGUAUACAGCGUUCCGACUGAAUUCCGACUCGAUCAACUUGCAUCAAAGCAUUUUGACAUAAUAUAAACGCUACACCUUGUUUCACCCGGUCAAGUUCUGUUUAUCUGUGAUCCUCAGAUAAUCAAGAAGGCAACCAAACUUUUUUCAGCAUUCUGCAUGACGUAUAGGCUACACAAAAGUUAUUUUAGCCCACCAAGGGCUGACCUUAUUAUGCACCAAUGAGACGGGCGGUGUUCACUUAGUGUUCUUGGGCGCAUGAGAGCAUCAGCUGUUCCGGACGACUGUGUGAUCACGCUCUCCGUAGCCGAUGUGAAUAAGACCUUUAAACAGGUCAACAUUCACAAGGCCGCAGGCCCAGACAUAUUACCAGGAUGUGUUCUCUGAGCAUGCGCUGACCAACUGGCAGGUGUCUUCAACUCUAAGCCUUCCGGGUUAGAGUCCCGCUCCUUGAAAGCGGCAGCUCUACCCUUUAGCUCAGUGCGGAUGUUGCCUGUAAUCCAUGGAUUAUGGUUGGGGUAUGUAUGUACGGUCACUGUGGGGACGACGUCAUCGAUGCACUUAUUGAUGAAGCCAGUGACUGAUGUGGUGUACUCCUCAAUGCCAUCAGACGAAUCCCGGAACAUAUUCCAGUCUAUGCUAGCAAAACAGUCCUUUAGCAUCUGCUUCAUCUGACCACUUUUCUAUUGACCAAGUCACUGGUGCUUCCUGCUUUAGUUUUUGCUUGUAAGGAAUCAGGAGGAUAGAAUUAUGGUCAGAUUUGCCAAAUGGAGGACGAGGGAGAGCUUUGUACGCGUCUCUGUGUGUGGAGUAAAGGUGGUCUAGAGUUUUUUCCCCCUCUGGUUGCACAUUUAACAUGCUGGUAGAAGUUAGGGAAAACGGAUUUAAGUUUCCCUGCAUUAAAGUCCCCGGCCACUAGGAGCGCCGCCUCUGGAUGAGCGUUUUCCUUUUUGCUUAUGGCCGUAUACAGUUAAUUGAGAGUGGUCUUAGUGCCAGCAUCGGUUUGUGGUGGUGAAUAGACAGCUACGAAGAAUAUAGAUGAAAACUAUCUUGGUAGAUAGUGUGGUCUACAGCUUAUCAUGAGAUACUCUACCUCAGGCGAGCAAAACCUCGAGACUUCCUUAGAUAUCGUGCACCAGCUGUUGUUUACAAAUAUAUAUAGACCACCAGCCCUUGUCUUACCAUAGGCUGCUGUUCUAUCCUGCCGAUACAGUGUAUAACCCGUCAGCUGUAUGUUAUUCAUGUCGUCGUUCAGCCACGACUCGGUGAAACAUAAGAUAUUACAGUUUUUAAUGUCCCGUUGGUAAGACUUACGUGCUUCUAGUUCGUCCGUUUUAUUAUCAAGCGAUUGUACAUUGGCCAAUAGUAUCGAUGGCAAAGGCAGAUUAGCCACUCAUCGCCGGCUCCUUACCAGGCACCCCGAUCUCCUUCCGCGAUACCUUAUUUUCUUUCUACUGUGAAUGACGGGGAUGAGGGCCCUGUCGGGUGUCUGGAGCAAAUCCAUCUCAUCCGACUCAUUAAAGAAAAAUUAUUCAUCCAUUGAAGCUGAGUAACCGCUGUUCUGAUGUCCGGAAGCUCUUUUCGGUCAUAAGAGACAGUAGCAGCAACAUUAUGUACAAAAUAAGUUACAAGCAAUACAAAAAAACUAACAAAAUAGCACGGUUGGUAAAGUGUCAAUAAAACGGCAGCCAUCUCCUCCAGCACCAUUAUGAAGGGAAGCUAAUGAACCAUCAUGUAUGACAUUCCUGGGAGUGUGUAAAUAAAAAUGUUUUAUUACCAUAGCAUUUUUGUAUGUUCUCUAUAGUAAUGUACUUGAAAAUGUAUCAAUUGACCAAUUCGGCCACUUGGAGGCCACUUGGGUACAUUUGGGCUAACUCGUGAGGGACACCUGGGAGUCUUGAAACAAAAUAUGAUGUUGUGUUGUCAUCCUGAAUGUAUGGCCUUUAAUUUUUCAUUUAAAAGAUGAUGCAACAAAAAUAGAAAUAGAAAACGUAUGUUUUUUUGUUUGUUUUACAGUGAGGGAAAAAAGUAUUUGAUCCCCUGCUGAUUUUGUACGUUUGCCCACUGACAAAGACAUGAUCAGUCUAUAAUUUUAAUGGUAGGUUUAUUUGAACAGUGAGAGACAGAAUAACAACAAAAAUAUCCAGAAAAACGCAUGUCAAAAAUGUUAUAAAUUGAUUUGCAUUUUAAUGAGGGAAAUAAGUAUUUGACCCCUCUGCAAAACAUGACUUAGUACUUGGUGGCAAAACCCUUGUUGGCAAUCACAGAGGUCAGAUGUUUCUUGUAGUUGGCCACCAAGUUUGCACACAUCUCAGGAGGGAUUUUGUCCCACUCCUCUUUGCAGAUCUUCUCCAAGUCAUUAAUGUUUCGAGGCUGAUGUUUUGCAACUCGAACCAUCAACUCCCUCCACAGAUUUUCUAUGGGACUAAGGUCUGGAGACUGGCUAGGCCACUCCAGGACCUUAAUGUGCCUCUUCUUGAGCCACUCCUUUGUUGCCUUGGCCGUGUGUUUUGAGUCUUGUCAUGCUGGAAUACCCAUCCACGACCCAUUUUCAAUGCCCUGGCUGAGGGAAGGAGGUUCUCACCCAAGAUUUGACGGUACAUGGCCCAGUCCAUCGUCCCUUUGAUGCGGUGAAGUUGUCCUUAGCAGAAAAACACCCCCAAAGCAUAAUGUUUCCACCUCCAUGUUUGACGGUGGGGAUGGUGUUCUUGCGGUCAUAGGCAGCAUUCCUCCUCCUCCAAACACGGCGAGUUGAGUUGAUGCCAAAGAGCUCGAUUUUGGUCUCAUCUGACCACAACACUUUCACCCAGUUCUCCUCUGAAUCAUUCAGAUGUUCAUAGGCAAACUUCAGACGGGCCUGUAUAUGUGCUUUCUUGAGCAGGGGGACCUUGCGGGCGCAGCAGGAUUUCAGUCCUUCACGGCGUAGUGUGUUACCAAUUGUUUUCUUGGUGACUAUGGUCCCAGCUGCCUUGAGAUCAUUGACAAGAUCCUCCCGUGUAGUUCUGGGCUGAUUCCUCACUGUUCUCAUGAUCAUUGCAACUCCACGAGGUGAGAUCUUGCAUGGAGCCCCAGGCUGAGGGAGAUUGACAGUUUUUUGUGUUUCUUCCAUUUGCGAAUAAUCGCACCAACUGUUGUCACCUUCUCACCAAGCUGCUUGGCGAUGGACUUGUAGCCAAGCCAAUUUUUUCCCUCACUGUAUCUUUUACCAGAUCUAUUGUGUUAUGUUCUCCUACAUUAAUUUCACAUUUCCACAAACUUAAAAGUGUUUCCUUCCAAAUAGUAUCAAGAAUAUGCAUAUCCUUGCUUCAGGUCCUGAGCUACAGGCAGUUAGAUUUGAGUAUGUCAUUUUAGGCGGAAAUUGAAAAUAAGGAUCUGAUCCUUCUUAAGUUAAACAAAUCCAAAUAUAUUUUAGAUUCAAAGUAGCCACCCUUUGCCUUGAUGACAACUUUGCACACUUUUUAUUUAUUUUGUUAAGGGGUAGAUCAGCUUUAAUACUGCAGAUAGAUUGUAACUUCCAUCAAUGUAAUUGUCUGCAUCACCUCCAAUCCCCCAUAUGUAUUUUUUCUCGCAAAAAAAUAAUAAUAUAUAUAUAUAUAUAUAUACAUAUAUAUAUAUACAUACAUAUACAUACACAUACACAUAUAUACAUACAUACAUACAUACAUAUAUACAUACACACAUACAUAUCUUUUUUUUUAUUAUACAGUGAGGGAAAAAAUGAUUUGAUCCCCUGCUGAUUUGUAUGUUUGCCCACUGACAAAGAAAUGAUCAGUCUAUAAUUUUAAUGGUAGGUUUAUUUGAACAGUGAGAGACAGAAUAACAAAUAAAACAUCCAGAAAAACGCAUGUAAAACAUGUUAUAAAUUGAUUUGCAUUUUAAUGAGGGAAAUAAGUAUUUGACCCCCUCUCAAUCAGAAAGAUUUCUGGCUCCCUGGUGUCUUUUAUACAGGUAACGAGCUGAGAUUAGGAGCACACUCUUAAAGGGAGUGCUCCUAAUCUCAGCUUAUUACCUGUAUAAAAGACACCUGUCCACAGAAGCAAUCAAUCAAUCAGAUUCCAAACUCUCCACCAUGGCCAAGACCAAAGAGUUAUCCAAGGAUGUCAGGGACAAGAUUGUAGACCUACACAAGGCUGGAAUGGGCUACAAGACCAUCGCCAAGCAGCUUGGUGAGAAGGUGACAACAGUUGGUGCGAUUAUUCGCAAAUGGAAGAAAUACAAAAUAACUGUCAAUCUCCCUCGGCCUGGGGCUCCAUGCAAGAUCUCACCUCGUGGAGUUGCAAUGAUCAUGAGAACGGUGAGGAAUCAUCCCAGAACUACACGGGAGGAUCUUGUCAAUGAUCUCAAGGCAGCUGGGACCAUAGUCACCAAGAAAACAAUUGGUAACACACUACGCCGUGAAGGACUGAAAUCCUGCUGCGCCCGCAAGGUCCCCCUGCUCAAGAAAGCACAAAUACAGGGCCGUCUGAAGUUUGCCAAUGAACAUCUGAAUGACUCAGAGGAGAACUGGGUGAAAGUGUUGUGGUCAGAUGAGACCAAAAUUGAGCUCUUUGGCAUCAACUCAACUCGCUGUGUUUGGAGGAGGAGGAAUGGUGCCUAUGACCCCAAGAACACCAUCCCCACCGUCAAACAUGGAGGUGGAAACAUUAUACUUUGGGGGUGUUUUUCUGCUAAGGGGACAGGACAACUUCACCGCAUCAAAGGGACGAUGGACGGGGCCAUGUACCGUCAAAUCUUGGGUGAGAACCACCUUCCCUCAGCCAGGGCAUUGAAAAAUGGGUUGUGGAUGGGUAUUCCAGCAUGACAAUGACCCAAAACACACGGCCAAGGCAACAUAGGAGUGGCUCAAAAAGAAGCACAUUAAGGUCCUGGAGUGGCAUAGCCAGUCUCCAGACCUUAAUCCCAUAGAACAUCUGUGGAGGGAGCUGAAGGUUCGAGUUGCCAAAUGUCAGCCUCGAAACCUUAAUGACUUGGAGAAGAUCUGCAAAGAGGAGUGGAACAAAAUCCCUCCUGAGAUGUGUGCAAACCAGGUGGCCAACUACAAGAAACGUCUGACCUCUGUGAUUGCCAACAAGGGUUUUGCCACCAAGUACCAAGUCAUGUUUUGCAGAGGGGUCAAAUACUUAUUUCCCUCAUUAAAAUGCAAAUCAAUUUAUAACAUUUUUGACAUGCGUUUUUCUGGAUUUUUUUGUUGUUAUUCUGUCUCUCAUUGUUCAAAUAAACCUACCAUUAAAAUUAUAGACUGAUCAUGUCUUUGUCAGUGGGCAAACGUACAAAAUCAGCAGGGGAUCAAAUACUUUUUUCCCUCACUGUAUUACCCUUCAUUACUUUCCAACCCCACACCCCUUCCCUAAUUGGAGUAAAGUAGUGAACAACAAAGGCCUCUACUUCCAGCAUAUACAUACUAUAUAUUUAUAUCCCGUUUGGCGCAGUGGUCUAGAGAUCCUGGUUCGAAUCCAGGCUCUGUCGUAGCUGGCCAUGACCGGGAGACCCAUGGGGCCUGCAGGGAUGUAGCUCAGUUGGUAGAGCAUGGCUUUUGCAACGCCAGGGUUGUGGGUUCGUCUGCUAAAUGACUUAAAAAUCAAAAAUAUCUAUACAUUUUAUGGACACAGUCAAAUUAUACAAUAAUUAUAUUUUGUUUGUUUUUACUCCUGAACUUCCUCCGAUCAUUUUCAUGAUGUCCAUCUGGUUUGCUUCUAUAUGCCAUAUUUUUCUAACUGUGCUCUUUCACAAAAGAUCUCAACCUAUAACCUAUAUACUUAUUAUGGACACAGUAUGCUUUACAUUAGUUAUCUUGUUGUUAUUAGUUGUUGUUAUUAAUCCCAUCCUUCAGCUCCAUUCAACACCUCCUAUCCAUAUCUUAACACCAUCUAUAUUGGAUUUCUAUUUGCCAUAUAUUUUUCAACUGUACUGUGAUGUUUUACAAAAGUUCUGAACCUUUCUAUUCUCAUUGUUUCUACAGAUCAUAAAUUAAAAAUAAUCAAUUUAGCUAAAAGUAUUAUUAUAUUAUUGAUCGAUUGACUAGGACUUUUCAGAUCACCCAGUAGUGCUAUCUGCAGGGUUAGCUCCAGGUAAAUAUUGCAAUCCUUUAGCCAUUCCUGGACCUGUGUCCAAAAACAAGCUACAAAUGGACAGUACCAAAACAAAUGAUCUAAUGAUUCUGUCUCUUCGCAGCAAAAUCUGCAGAGCUGGAAAGAUUUUAUCCUCCAUAUAAAUAAUAUUAUAUUGGUAGCAAUAAUUGUAUAUAAUAAUUUAAAUUGAAAAAUUCUAAGUUUUGAAUCCGGCGUCGUUUUGCGUAUCAGUUCAUAAACACUAUGCCAUGGAAUCGGUACGUCAAAAAUCUCUUCCCAACUAUUUUGCAAUCUAUGUGGGACGGCUGUUAAUCCUUUGGUCCUUAAAUGACACUGGUAUACUUUUUUAUUUCUCACAAUUUUCUUUAACCAAUUAUGUUCUUUAAUGCAAGGCCGACAGACAAGUUCCUUACUUUGUCCCUCUUCCACUUUCCUCUUCCAUUUUUGCGGUAAUGCUGCAAUUAUUUGGUUGUAAUUUUGGGUAGAGCAGACAUUUCCAUAUGUUUUUGUUAGCUGCAUGUGCGACAUAACUCCACCAUUCCUACCGAUAAUAUCAUUUACGAAGAUUAUACUUUUUUUUUUUUUUCUCACAAAAAAAAAGUUUUUUAGCAAUUAGUAUAUUUGACUUUAACCACGAUAUUUGUUGCAAUAUUUGUUCUGUCGUUUCUGGAGGAUUAAAUUGAAAUUGCAACCAACUUUCUAUGGCUUGUUUUAGAAAUAGUGAUAUUUGGGAGAUUAUUUCCUUUUCAAAUAACUUAAAGUGAGAGGUUGUAAUCUGAAUAAUGGGAAAAAGGCCAGUCUUGAACAUUGGGUGAGACAAUCUUACUAAUUUGCUAGAGAACCAGUUCGGAUUUAAGUAUAACUUUUGUAUGACUGAAGCUUUUAGUGAUAGGUCUAAUGCUUUAAUAUUUCAUAAUUUCUGUCCUCCGAAUUCAUAUUCAUUAUAUAAAUAGGCCCGUUUAAUUUUGUCUGGCUUGCCGUUCCAAAUAAAAUGGAAUAUUUCUUUCUCAUAUAAUUUCAAAAAUUGUUCGCUAGGCGUAGGCAAGACCAUAAGCAAAUAGGUAAACUAAAGCGUUAAUCAGGGUGAUUUUUCCACAAAUUGACAGGUAUUUACCUUUCCAUGGUGGCAAGAUCUUAUCUAUUUUUGUAAACUUUCUAUUAAAAUGUAUUGGAGUGAGAUCAUUUAUUUCAUUUGGGAUAUGUAUUCCGAGUAUUUCCACAUCACCAUCAGACCAUUUUAUUGGUAAACUACAUGGUUAUGUACAUUUUUUAUUUUUUAGUGAUCCAAUAUGUAAAAUAGUACAUUUAUCAUAAUUUGGUUGUAAUCCAGAGAGAUUAGAAAAUGUUUCUAGAUCCUCUAUUAAGCUGUGGAGGGAUUCAAGUUGUGUAUUUAAAAGAAAACAGGAAUCAUCAGCGUACAAUGACACCUUUGUUUUUAAGCCCUGGAUUUCUAAUCCCUUGAUAUUAUUGUUGGAUAUGAUUUUAAUAGCUAACAUCUCUAUGGCCAUAAUAAAUAGAUAUGCCGAUAGUGGACAACCUUGUUUCACUCCUCUUGCCAGUUUAAAACUCUCUGAGAAAAAGCCAUUAUUUACUAUUUUACACCUAGGGUUACUAUACAUGAUUUUAACCCAAUUUAUAAGAGAUUGUCCAAAAUUGAAAUGCUCCAGGCAUUUAUAUAUAAACCCCAGUCGUACUUUAUAAAAUGCCUUUUCUAAGUCUGCUAUGAAUAGCAGGCCUGGUUUCCCAGAGUUUUCAUAGUGUUCUAUUUUUUCCAGUACUUGCCUUAUAUUAUCUCCAAUGUAUCGCCCAUGUAGCUUUGCACACUCUUGGCAUUCUCUCAACCAGCUUCACCUGGAAUGCUUUUCCAACAAUCUUGAAGGAGUUCCCACAUAUGCUGAGCACUUGUUGGCUGCUUUUCCUUCACACUGCGGUCCAAUUUAUCCCAAACCAUCUCAAUUGGGUUGAAGUAGGGUGAUUGUGGAGGCCAGGUCAUCUGAUGCAGCACUCCGGCUUCUUGGUCAAAUAGCCCUUACACAGCCUGGAGGUGUGUUGGGUUAUUGUCCUGUUGAAAAACAAAUGAUAGUCCCACUAAGCACAAACCAGAUGGGAUGGCGUUUCGCUGCAGAAUGCUGUGGUAGCCAUGCUGGUUAAGUGUGCCUUGAAUUCUAAAUAAAUCACAAACAGUGUCACCAGAAAAGCACCCCCACACCAUCACACCUCCUCCUCCAUGCUUCACAGUGGGAACCACACAUGCGGAGAUCAUCCAUUCACCUACUCUGCGUCUCACAAAGACACAGCGGUUGGAACCAAAAAUCUCAAAUUUGGACUCAUCAGACCAAAGGACAGAUUUCCACCGGUCUAAUGUCCAUUGCUCGUGUUUCUUGGCCCAAGCAAGUCUCUUCUUAUUAUUGGUGUCCUAUAGUAUAGUAGUGAUUUCUUUGCAGCAAUUUGACCAUGAAGGCCUGAUUCACGCAGGCUGCUCUGAACAGUUGAUGUUGAGAUGUGUCUGUUACUUGAACUCUGUGAAGCAUUUAUUUGGGCUGCUAUUUCUGAGGCUGGUGACUCUAAUGAAUUUAUCCUCUGCAGCAGAGGUAACUCUGGGUCUACCUUUCCUGUGGCGGUCCUCAUGAGAGCCAGUUUCCUCAUAGCGCUUGAUGGUUUUUGCGACUGCACUUGAAGAAACUUUCAAAGUUCUUGACAUUUUCUGGAUUAUCUGACCUUCAUGUCUUAAAAUAAUGAUGGACUGUCAUUUCUUUUUGCUUAUUUGAGCUCUUCUUGCCAUAAUAUGGACUUGGCCUUUUACCAAAUAGGGAUAUCUUCUGUAUGCCACCCCUACCUUGUCACAACACAAGUGAUUGGCUCAAAUGCAUUAAGAAGGAAAUAAAUUCUACAAAUUAACUUUUAAAAGGCACACCUGUUAAUUGAAGCUGGUUGAGAGAAUGCCAAGAGUGUGCAAAGCUGUCAUCAAGGCAAAGGGUGGCUACUUUGAAGAAUCUCAAAUAGUAAAUAUAUAUUGAUUUGUUUAACACUUUUUUUGGUUACUACAUGAUUCCAUAUGUGCUAUUUCAUAGUUUUGAUGUCUUCACUAUUAUUCUACAAUGUAGAAAAUAGUUUUUAAAAAAUAUAGAAAAACCCUGAAAUGAGUAGGUGUGUCCAAACUUUUGACUGGUACUGUAUGUUGGCACCUGAUACGUUGGCACUCUAGACUUGCUAUGCUCAAGUUGUUGUUCUUUAUUCUGUACAAAGUCAUGAUGGAGGAAAUUAAAAAUGGGAAACAAAAACAAUAGGAACUUUCAGAUUCUAAAUGUUAAUCUGACAACAGAUCCUCGAGUUGAAUUACAAUACUAUUAUUGUAUCUCGAUGGUUUGGAUAGCCUUAAUGUUUAUAUCUUUCUUUUACACCAUCUUUACUACUUACAUGUAGCAAGUUAAACAGUUUCUCUGUAACAACUCACUCUAAACUCAACUCACUCUAACAUCUUGAGUCCACUGUGAGUCACCAUUUCAUAAACUUCACAGAAUAAUGUGACCAACCACAAGUUCCAUGUUAACAGAAAUGCUUGGUGCUAAUGACAGGUAUUCUCUUCCCCUUUCAAAAAGGGUAUACUCUAUCCUGGGGUAGUGGUUACAUUUAGUUCGCGUCCCAAAUGGCACCCUAUUCCCUAUAAAUAGUGCACUACUUUUGACCAUGGUCCAUAGGGCUCUGGUCAAAAGUAGUGCAUUACAUAGGGAAUAGGGUUCCUUUUGGAAUUCAGACCUAGGCUAUGACAGGUGAUAUUGGGGCUCCAGGGGCAGUUUGACAAAACCUCUCUCACUUGACGUUGGGUUCACUGUCAGUACUCUUUAGGCAUUGUGACAUAUGGAAAGGAACUUGUUUUAUUUUCCAGAAGAGUCUUGGCUUUAGAGAGUUCCUGACAUUGUGUUAUGAAGAUAAGUAUUUUUCUUUGUUUUCUGGCAGACUUGACAGUAUGAGAGCUGGCUAUCCAAAUGGCACCAUAUUCCCCAUGGGGACUGGUCAAAGCAAUCCACUAUGUAGACAAUAAGGUGCCAUUUGGGAUGCAGUGUAGAUGGGUACUUCUGUUAAUAGGAGCCAAUGAGAUUGGCCUAUAGCCUAUUGACCAACAGUAGGGCGUCUCUCUUUUAGUAUAUGAUUAUUUUGCAAGUGUCUUGGCCUUGCUGUUUCUUCCCCUUUUGACGUAUUUUGGCUGUUCGUUACUGCAGUAACUACUUAUGAAACUAUUACAUCACCUGUGUCACCAGUCUGACACAGACCGUGUUUCUGUGACAAUGACUAUGUCACAUUUAGCCAUUCAGGGACUCUUAAAAGAUGGGACAAUCUCAACCUUUCUUUACAAAUAUUUUUCUUAAUAUUGACAACAUUUGAAAUAUAUAUUUUGAUACACCAAAGUAUCAGCUAUCACAUCAUGUAAAGGAACAACCUCAUAUUUCUUUCCUUCACAGAAUGGAACUAACUAGAUAUAUAUCAAAUUUAAUUUUAAAUGCCUUGAUCGUUUAAAUGUAACAUUCGAUUAUUCAAGUAUGGAAUACAAAUCUCCAAACUUCUUUUUGUUUUGUUUUGUUUUAUAGCACUAUAUAAUGCUCCAGGGCUAAAUUAGUUAGACAUUUCAAAUGAAAUCUAAUAUAUAUAUAUAUAUAUAUAUAUAUAUUUUUUUUAUAUAUAUAUAUUUUUUGUCAUUUAGCAGACGCUCUUAUCCAGAGCGACUUACAGUUAGUGAGUGCAUACAUUUUCAUACUGGUCCCCCGUGGGAAUCGAACCCACAACCCUGGCGUUGCAAACGCCAUGUUCUACCAACUGAGCUACACGGGACUAAUUAAAUUGUAUUUGUCACAUGUGCCAAAUACAACAGGUGUAGACCUUACAGUGAAAUGCUUACUUACAACCCUUAACCAACAAUGCAGUUUUAAGAAAGAAUACCAAAACAAAAUCACAAAAAAAUACAAUAUAAAAUAAUACGAAAUAAAAUUAACAAAUAACAAUAGCGAGGCUAUAUACAGGGGGUACCGGUGCCGAGUCAAUGUGCGGGGACACCGGUUAGUUGAGGUAAUUGAGGUAAUAUGUACAUGUAGGUAGUGUUAUUAAAGUGACUAUGCAUAGAUAAUAAACAGAGAGUAGCAGCAGGGGGGGGGGGGCAAUGCAAAUAGUCUGGGUAGCCAUUUGUGUCACGCCCUGGCUCUGGGGACUCUUAAAUGUUGAGCCAGGCUGUGUAGUGUCUAUGUUGUGUUUUCUAUGUAUUUCUUUCUAGAUCGUUUAUUUAUAUGUUGGCCAGGGUGGUUCCCAAUCAGAGACAGCUGUGGCUCGUUGUCUCUGAUUGGGAACCAUACUUAGGCAGCCGGUUGGCACUAGUUUAUUGUGGGAUCUUGUUCCGUUAAGGUGUGUUGUUGUAUGACCUAGGACUUCACGUAUCGUUUUGUUGUUUUUGUUCGGGUGUGUGUACUUAAUAAAAUAAUGUACGCUUAUCACGCUGCGUCUUGGUCCGCUUCUUAUAACGAUCGUGACAAUUUGAUUAGAUGUUCAGGAGUCUUAUGGCUUGGGGAUAGAAGCUGUUUAGAAGUGUCUUGGACCUAGACUUGGCGCUCCGGUACCACUUGCCGUGCGGUAGCAGAGAGAACAGUCUAUGACUGGGGAGGCUGGAGUCAUUGACAAUUUUUACGGACUUCCUCUGACACCGCCUGGUAUAGAGGUCCUGAAUGGCAGGAAGCUUGGCCCCAGUGAUGUACUGGGCCGUACGCACUACCCUCUGUAGUGCCUUGCGGAUGGAGGCCGAGCAGUUGCCAUACCAGGCAAUGAUGCAACCAGUCAGGAUGCUCUCGAUGGUGCAGCUGUAGAACCUUUUGACGAGCUGAGGACCCAUGCCAAAUCUUUUCAGUCUCCUUAGGGGGAAUAGGUUUUGUCGUGCCCUCUUCACGACUGUCUUGGUGUGCUUGGACCAUGUUAGUUUGUUGGUGAUGUGGACACCAAGGAACUUGAAGCUCUCAACCUGCUCCACUACAGCCCUGUCGAUGAGAAUGGGGGCGUGCUCGGUCCUCUUCUUUUUCCUGUAGUCCACAAUCAUCUCCUUUGUCUUGAUCACGUUGAGGGAGAGGUUGUUGUCCUGGCACCACAUGGCCUGGUCUCUGACCUCCUCCCUAUAGGCUGUCUCGUCGUUGUCGUGAUCAGGCCUACCACUGUUGUGUCAUCGGCAAACUUAAUUAUGGUGUUGGAGUUGUGCCUGGCCAUGCAGUCAUGAGUGAACAGAGAGUACAGGAAGGGACUGAGCACACACCCCUGAGGGGCCCCCGUGUUGCGGAUCAGUGUGGCGGAUGUGUUGUUACCUACCCUUACCACCUGGGGGCGGCCCUUCAGGAAGUCCAGGUUCCAGUUGCAGAGAGAGGUGUUUAGUCCCAGGGUCCUUAGCUUAGUGAUGAGCUUUGAGGGCACUAUGGUGUUGAACGCUGAGCUGUAGUCAAUGAAUAGCAAUCUCACAUAGGUGUUCCUUUUGUCCAGGUGUGAAAGGGCAGUGUUGAGCGCAAUAGAGAUUGAAUCAUCUGUGGAUCUGUUGGGGCGGUAUGCAAAUUGGAGUGGGUCUAGGGUUUCUGGGAUAAUGGUGUUGAUGUGAGCCAUGACCAGCCUUUCAAAGCACUUCAUGGCAACAGAUGUGAGUGCUACGGGUCGGUAGUCAUUUAGGCAGGUUACCUUAGUGUUCUUGGGCACAGGGACUAUGGUGGUCUGCUUGAAACAUGUUGGUAUCACAGACUCAGACAGGGAGAGUUUGAAAAUGUCAGUGAAGACACUUGCCAGUUGGUCAGCGCAUGCUCGGAGUACACGUCCUGGUAAUCCGUCUGGCCUUGCGGCCUUGUGAAUGUUGACCUGUUUAAAGGUCUUACUCACAUUGGCUACGGAGAGCGUGAUCACACAGUCGUCCGGAACAGCUGAUGCUCUCAAGUAUGUUUCAGUGUGACUUGCCUCGAAAGGAGCAUAGAAGUAAUUUAGCUCGUCUGGUAGGCUCGUGUCACUGGGCAGCUCGUGGCUGUGAUUCCCUUUGUAGUGUGUAUUAGUUUGCAAGCCCUGCCACAUCCGACGAGCGUCGGAGCCGGUGUAGUACGACUCGAUCUUAGUCCUUUAUUGACGCUUUGCCUGUUUGAUGGUUCGUCGGAGGGCAUAGCGGGAUUUCUUAUAAGCUUCCAGGUUAGAGUCCCGCUCCUUGAAGCGGCAGCUCUACCCUUUAGCUCAGUGCGGAUGUUGCCUGUAAUCAAUGGCUUCUGGUUGGGGUAUGUAAGUACAGUCACUGUGGGGACGACGUCAUCAAUUCACUUAUUGAUGAAGCCAGUGACUGAUGGUGUACUCCUCAAUGCCAUCGGAAGAAUCCCGGAACAUAUUCCAGUCUGUGCUAGCAAAACAGUCCUGUAGCUUAGCAUCUGCUUCUUCUGACCACUUUGUUAUUGACCGAGUCACUGGUGCUUCCUGCUUUUGCUUGUAAGCAGGAAUCAGGAGGAUAGAAUUAUGGUCAGAUUUGCCAAAUGGAGGGCAAGGGAGAGCUUUGUACGCAUCUCUGUGUGUGGAGUAAAGGUGGUCUAGAGUUUUUUCCCUCAUGCACAUUUAACAUGCUGGUAGAAAUUAGUUAAAACAGAUUUAAGUUUCCCUGCAUUAAAGCCACUAGGAGCGCCGCCUCUGGAUGAGCAUUUUCCUGUUUGCUUAUAAUCAUAUACAGUUAAUUGAGUGCGGUCUUAGCGCCAGCAUCGGUUUGUGGUGGUAAAUAGACAGAUACGAAGAAUAUAGAUGAAAACCCUCUUGGUAGAUGGUGUGGUCUACAGCUUAUCAUGAGAUACUCUACCUCAGGCGAGCAUAACCUUGAGACUUCCUUAGAUAUCAUGCACCAGCUGUUGUUUACAAAUAUACAUAGACCGCCACCCCUUGUCUUACCAGAGGCUGCUGUUCUAUCCUGCCGAUACAGUGUAUAACCCGCCAGCUGUAUGUUAUUCAUGUCUUUGUUCAGCCACGACUCGUUGAAACAUAAAAUAUUAAGUUUUUAAUGUCCCAUUGGUAGGAUAUUCUUUCCUGUAGUUCGUCAACUUUAUUAUCAAGCGAUUGUAAAUUGGCCAAUAGUAUCGAUGGCAAAGGCAGAUUAGCCACUCGUCGCCGGCUCCUUACCAAGCUCCCCAAUCUCCUUCCGUGAUAUCUCCUUUUCUUUCUACUGCGAAUGACGGGGAUGAGGGCCCUGUCGGGUGUCUGGAGCAAAUCCCUCUCGUCCGACACAUUAAAGAAAAAUCAUUCAUCCAGUUCAAGGUGAGUAAUCGCUGUUCUGAUGUCUAGAAGCUCUUUUUGGUCAUAAGAGACGGUAGCAGCAACAUUAUGUACAAAAUAAGUUUCAAACAAUGCGAAAAAACACACAAAAUAGCACGGUUGGUUAAGAGUCCAUAAAACGGCAGCCAUCCCCUCCGGCGCCAAAUUUGGCAUGUUUUUCUAGAUUCAGAACAUAAAACAACAUUUAUAAAUCAUACAUUAUCCCUUAGGUUUAGCACAACAAAUACUUAAAUAGGUUAAGCAUAACAGUGAAUAAAAUAUAUUUUCAGAAUAUUGACCAAACAAAUCGAUUUUAAGAGGAUUAGCCAUCAGGUCAAGCCACUGACUGAGUUGACAAAAGAUACUCAAAAGAUAUAUAUUUUUGUCUCUAAAAAUGUUAAUUAAAUACAAACAUUUGUAAAAUAUGGAAAUUUCUUCACUCUGAUGAAGUUGACAUUAGACAAAAAUCUGACGGAGUUUAUGUUUUACGGAGUUGACAAAAAUUGCCUUUUUCUUCUUCAUUCAAGUGGUAUACAAAGUAACAAUUUAGUUUUUCCUCAGUUGCUUUAUUACUCUAAAUCCAAAUUAAAAUAAACAUAUUCAAACCUAAAUUAAUAUUUUAUCUUAAUCUAUCAGGAAGAUGGAGUUCACAGUUUAUGGUUGUGACUUCAAUAUUGUUUAUUUAAAUCUAUCAAAAGUAGAGAACUUUACAGAUCAUGAGUGGUCUUGUACAUGUAAUUAGGACAUGAAGAAGGGGUCCUUAUGGAAUAGCUGACCCUGCUCAUUCCUGAUUAAUUUAGGAUUUUAGACAAAUCUGACAGAGUUGACCAAAUCUCCUGACAAAUUUUUUAGGAAUCACAGUUUUGAGAGAAAUCACAGAGUGCUAUUUCAAGAAACUACAUUAGAUCCCCUUUCAGUUCAUAUUCAUUAUUGCCCAUUUUUUGAAUUUUAAACACUUUUUUGGAAAGUUUGAAAUUGGGUUUCUUUGCUCUGGACAAAUGCAUUUCAGGGCAUAGUGCUGACAUGGAAAUUAAUAAUAUUGAAAAUCCCAAAACUAACAUUUUCCCUUACGUAGUUCCCCAUGUAAUUGUUAAGCUCAAAUAAUGCAACAAAUCAAAUUUCUUUACAAUAAAAAUAACGUUUCCCUGCCGUACAAGGAUUGCCCCGACUUUCAAGAAUCCCUGCAUUAUGUUUCAUGGUGGGGUACACUAACGUUAAGAAAAGUUAUAAGUAAGGUUUGUUAUCACACACACAGACUCCUGCAGCACUACUUUUAGGACUUGAGUCUCAACCUGCUUAGAAGAGCUUUCAUGCUGAGCUAUCCUGUCUCCCGUCAGAUUUUCUAAGAACAAAAGCAGAUGUUUCCACUGUGAGAUAGUUGAGAGAUUAUCAUUCUCAGCCACCCUGCAGCUGCGUCGGUGUUUGGUACAUUCAUUUUUGGACAAUUAUAUUAAUAAUGUAUAGCUAUUGAUUGUUCAAGAAUAUGACUUAUAAAUGUCUCAUAAUAGUUCAGAAUUUGAAAGUGGUUUCAUUUCUCCAGUCUCAUCGCUCAGCUGUUUACCAAAACAAGUGGUGGGGUGACCGCUUGGUUGUUUUUCAAAUCCCGGCUUGCCCAUUUAAGGCUAGGCACCACACCCUAAUAGGUACAUUUUUUCCUCUUAUUCAUAUCACAAUGAACUUUUACUAGUUGAAUAAACACUCACUGGCCAGUUUAUUAGGUACACCCAUAUAGUACCGCCUCAGAACCUCCUUUGCCUCCACAACAGCCUGCAUUCUUUGGGGCAUUGAUUCUUCAUGGUGUCGGAAACGUUCGUUGCUCAAUUGGUACCUAAUGUGUGCCAGGAAAACAUUCACCACACCAGUACCCCACCGCCACCAACCUGUACCAGGCAGGAUGGGUCCAUGGACUCAUGCUGCUUAUGCCAAAUCCUGACUCUGCCAUCAGCAUGACGCAACAGGAACCGGGAUUCGUAGGACCAGUCAAUGUUUUUCCAGUCUCCCCGCACCAAGCCAGUGGUGCGCGUCGCCAGCCCGGUCCGGCCCGUUCCUGCUCCCCGCACCAAGAAAGUGGUGCGCGUCGCCAGCCCGGCCCGGCCCGUUCCUGUUCCCCGCACCAGCCAGUGGUGCGCGUCGCCAGCCCGGCCCGGCCCGUUCCUGCUCCCCGCAUUAAGCCAGUGGUGCGCGUCGCCAGCCCGGUCCGGCCCGUUCCUGCUCCCCGCACCAAGCCAGUGGUGCGCGUCGCCAGCCCGGUCCGGCCCGUUCCUGCUCCCCGCACCAAGCCAGUGGUGCACGUCGCCAGCCCGGUCCGGCCCUUUUCCUUCUCCCCGCACCAAGCCAGUGGUGCGCGUCGCCAGCCCGGUCCGGCCCGUUCCUGCUCCCCGCACCAAGCCAGUGGUGCGCGUCGCCAGCCCGGUCCGGCCCGUUCCUGCUCCCCGCACCAAGCCAGUGGUGCGCGUCGUCAGCCCGGUCCGGCCCGUUCCUGAUCCCCACACCAGGCCAGUGGUGCGCGUCGUCAGUCCUGCACGGUCCGUGUCUGUUCCACCGGUGCCUGGUCCGGCACCGGUCAGCUGCUCCACACCGGAGCCAGAGCAAUCCACUCCACCGAUGUCCAGCUCCAGUCAGCGGGGCCAGACCAGACCAGGGGCGCAACGGGGAGGUGGAGAAAAGGUGGUGGUCACGCCCGGAGCCGGAUCCGCCUCCGAGGCCUCUUGUGUUUGUGUUGCGCGGUCGCAGUCCGCGCCUUUGGGAGGGGGGUACUGUCACGCCCUGGCUCUGGGGACUCUUAAAUUUUGAGCCAGGGUGUGUAGUGUCUAUGUUGUGUUUUCUAUGUGUUUCUUUCAAGAUCGUUUAUUUCUAUGUUGGCCAGGGUGGUUCCCAAUCAGAGACAGCUGUGGCUCGUUGUCUCUUAUUGGGAACCAUACUUAGGCAGCCGGUUGGCACUAGUUUAUUGUGGGAUCUUGUUCCGUUAAGGUGUGUUGUUGUAUGACCUAGGACUUCACGUAUCGUUUUGUUGUUUUUGUUCGGGUGUGUGUACUUAAUAAAAUAAUGUACGCUUAUCACGCUGCGCCUUGGUCCGCUUCUUAUAACGAUCGUGACAAUUUGAUUAGAUGUUCAGGAGUCUUAUGGCUUGGGGAUAGAAGCUGUUUAGAAGUGUCUUGGACCUAGACUUGGCGCUCCGGUACCACUUGCCGUGCGGUAGCAGAGAGAACAGUCUAUGACUGGGGAGGCUGGGGUCAUUGACAAUUUUUACGGACUUCCUCUGACACCGCCUGGUAUAGAGGUCCUGAAUGGCAGGAAGCUUGGCCCCAGUGAUGUACUGGGCCGUACGCACUACCCUCUGUAGUGCCUUGCGGAUGGAGGCCGAGCAGUUGCCAUACCAGGCAGUGAUGCAACCAGUCAGGAUGCUCUCGAUGGUGCAGCUGUAGAACCUUUUGACGAGCUGAGGACCCAUGCCAAAUCUUUUCAGUCUCCUUAGGGGGAAUAGGUUUUGUCGUGCCCUCUUCACGACUGUCUUGGUGUGCUUGGACCAUGUUAGUUUGUUGGUGAUGUGGACACCAAGGAACUUGAAGCUCUCAACCUGCUCCACUACAGCCCUGUCGAUGAGAAUGGGGGCGUGCUCGGUCCUCUUCUUUUUCCUGUAGUCCACAAUCAUCUCCUUUGUCUUGAUCACGUUGAGGGAGAGGUUGUUGUCCUGGCACCACAUGGCCUGGUCUCUGACCUCCUCCCUAUAGGCUGUCUCGUCGUUGUCGUGAUCAGGCCUACCACUGUUGUGUCAUCGGCAAACUUAAUUAUGGUGUUGGAGUUGUGCCUGGCCAUGCAGUCAUGAGUGAACAGAGAGUACAGGAAGGGACUGAGCACACACCCCUGAGGGGCCCCCGUGUUGCGGAUCAGUGUGGCGGAUGUGUUGUUACCUACCCUUACCAUCUGGGAGCGGCCCGUCAGGAAGUCCAGGUUCCAGUUGCAGAGAGAGGUGUUUAGUCCCAGGGUCCUUAGCUUAGUGAUGAGCUUUGAGGGCACUAUGGUGUUGAACGCUGAGCUGUAGUCAAUGAAUAGCAAUCUCACAUAGGUGUUCCUUUUGUCCAGGUGUGAAAGGGCAGUGUUGAGCGCAAUAGAGAUUGAAUCAUCUGUGGAUCUGUUGGGGCGGUAUGCAAAUUGGAGUGGGUCUAGGGUUUCUGGGAUAAUGGUGUUGAUGUGAGCCAUGACCAGCCUUUCAAAGCACUUCAUGGCAACAGAUGUGAGUGCUACGGGUCGGUAGUCAUUUAGGCAGGUUACCUUAGUGUUCUUGGGCACAGGGACUAUGGUGGUCUGCUUGAAACAUGUUGGUAUCACAGACUCAGACAGGGAGAGUUUGAAAAUGUCAGUGAAGACACUUGCCAGUUGGUCAGCGCAUGCUCGGAGUACACGUCCUGGUAAUCCGUCUGGCCUUGCGGCCUUGUGAAUGUUGACCUGUUUAAAGGUCUUACUCACAUUGGCUACGGAGAGCGUGAUCACACAGUCGUCCGGAACAGCUGAUGCUCUCAAGUAUGUUUCAGUGUGACUUGCCUCGAAAGGAGCAUAGAAGUAAUUUAGCUCGUCUGGUAGGCUCGUGUCACUGGGCAGCUCGUGGCUGUGAUUCCCUUUGUAGUGUGUAUUAGUUUGCAAGCCCUGCCACAUCCGACGAGCGUCGGAGCCGGUGUAGUACGACUCGAUCUUAGUCCUUUAUUGACGCUUUGCCUGUUUGAUGGUUCGUCGGAGGGCAUAGCGGGAUUUCUUAUAAGCUUCCAGGUUAGUGUCCCGCUCCUUGAAGCGGCAGCUCUACCCUUUAGCUCAGUGCGGAUGUUGCCUGUAAUCAAUGGCUUCUGGUUGGGGUAUGUAAGUACAGUCACUGUGGGGACGACGUCAUCAAUUCACUUAUUGAUGAAGCCAGUGACUGAUGGUGUACUCCUCAAUGCCAUCGGAAGAAUCCCGGAACAUAUUCCAGUCUGUGCUAGCAAAACAGUCCUGUAGCUUAGCAUCUGCUUCUUCUGACCACUUUGUUAUUGACCGAGUCACUGGUGCUUCCUGCUUUUGCUUGUAAGCAGGAAUCAGGAGGAUAGAAUUAUGGUCAGAUUUGCCAAAUGGAGGGCAAGGGAGAGCUUUGUACGCAUCUCUGUGUGUGGAGUAAAGGUGGUCUAGAGUUUUUUUCCCUCAUGCACAUUUAACAUGCUGGUAGAAAUUAGUUAAAACAGAUUUAAGUUUCCCUGCAUUAAAGCCACUAGGAGCGCCGCCUCUGGAUGAGCAUUUUCCUGUUUGCUUAUAAUCAUAUACAGUUAAUUGAGUGCGGUCUUAGCGCCAGCAUCGGUUUGUGGUGGUAAAUAGACAGAUACGAAGAAUAUAGAUGAAAACCCUCUUGGUAGAUGGUGUGGUCUACAGCUUAUCAUGAGAUACUCUACCUCAGGCGAGCAUAACCUUGAGACUUCCUUAGAUAUCAUGCACCAGCUGUUGUUUACAAAUAUACAUAGACCGCCACCCCUUGUCUUACCAGAGGCUGCUGUUCUAUCCUGCCGAUACAGUGUAUAACCCGCCAGCUGUAUGUUAUUCAUGUCUUUGUUCAGCCACGACUCGUUGAAACAUAAAAUAUUAAGUUUUUAAUGUCCCAUUGGUAGGAUAUUCUUUCCUGUAGUUCGUCAACUUUAUUAUCAAGCGAUUGUAAAUUGGCCAAUAGUAUCGAUGGCAAAGGCAGAUUAGCCACUCGUCGCCGGCUCCUUACCAAGCUCCCCAAUCUCCUUCCGUGAUAUCUCCUUUUCUUUCUACUGCGAAUGACGGGGAUGAGGGCCCUGUCGGGUGUCUGGAGCAAAUCCCUCUCGUCCGACUCAUUAAAGAAAAAUUAUUCAUCCAGUUCAAGGUGAGUAAUCGCUGUUCUGAUGUCUAGAAGCUCUUUUUGGUCAUAAGAGACGGUAGCAGCAACAUUAUGUACAAAAUAAGUUUCAAACAAUGCGAAAAAACACACAAAAUAGCACGGUUGGUUAAGAGUCCAUAAAACGGCAGCCAUCCCCUCCGGCGCCAAAUUUGGCAUGUUUUUCUAGAUUCAGAACAUAAAACAACAUUUAUAAAUCAUACAUUAUCCCUUAGGUUUAGCACAACAAAUACUUAAAUAGGUUAAGCAUAACAGUGAAUAAAAUAUAUUUUCAGAAUAUUGACCAAACAAAUCGAUUUUAAGAGGAUUAGCCAUCAGGUCAAGCCACUGACUGAGUUGACAAAAGAUACUCAAAAGAUAUAUAUUUUUGUCUCUAAAAAUGUUAAUUAAAUACAAACAUUUGUAAAAUAUGGAAAUUUCUUCACUCUGAUGAAGUUGACAUUAGACAAAAAUCUGACGGAGUUUAUGUUUUACGGAGUUGACAAAAAUUGCCUUUUUCUUCUUCAUUCAAGUGGUAUACAAAGUAACAAUUUAGUUUUUCCUCAGUUGCUUUAUUACUCUAAAUCCAAAUUAAAAUAAACAUAUUCAAACCUAAAUUAAUAUUUUAUCUUAAUCUAUCAGGAAGAUGGAGUUCACAGUUUAUGGUUGUGACUUCAAUAUUGUUUAUUUAAAUCUAUCAAAAGUAGAGAACUUUACAGAUCAUGAGUGGUCUUGUACAUGUAAUUAGGACAUGAAGAAGGGGUCCUUAUGGAAUAGCUGACCCUGCUCAUUCCUGAUUAAUUUAGGAUUUUAGACAAAUCUGACAGAGUUGACCAAAUCUCCUGACAAAUUUUUUAGGAAUCACAGUUUUGAGAGAAAUCACAGAGUGCUAUUUCAAGAAACUACAUUAGAUCCCCUUUCAGUUCAUAUUCAUUAUUGCCCAUUUUUUGAAUUUUAAACACUUUUUUGGAAAGUUUGAAAUUGGGUUUCUUUGCUCUGGACAAAUGCAUUUCAGGGCAUAGUGCUGACAUGGAAAUUAAUAAUAUUGAAAAUCCCAAAACUAACAUUUUCCCUUACGUAGUUCCCCAUGUAAUUGUUAAGCUCAAAUAAUGCAACAAAUCAAAUUUCUUUACAAUAAAAAUAACGUUUCCCUGCCGUACAAGGAUUGCCCCGACUUUCAAGAAUCCCUGCAUUAUGUUUCAUGGUGGGGUACACUAACGUUAAGAAAAGUUAUAAGUAAGGUUUGUUAUCACACACACAGACUCCUGCAGCACUACUUUUAGGACUUGAGUCUCAACCUGCUUAGAAGAGCUUUCAUGCUGAGCUAUCCUGUCUCCCCUCAGAUUUUCUAAGAACAAAAGCAGAUGUUUCCACUGUGAGAUAGUUGAGAGAUUAUCAUUCUCAGCCACCCUGCAGCUGCGUCGGUGUUUGGUACAUUCAUUUUUGGACAAUUAUAUUAAUAAUGUAUAGCUAUUGAUUGUUCAAGAAUAUGACUUAUAAAUGUCUCAUAAUAGUUCAGAAUUUGAAAGUGGUUUCAUUUCUCCAGUCUCAUCGCUCAGCUGUUUACCAAAACAAGUGGUGGGGUGACCGCUUGGUUGUUUUUCAAAUCCCGGCUUGCCCAUUUAAGGCUAGGCACCACACCCUAAUAGGUACAUUUUUUCCUCUUAUUCAUAUCACAAUGAACUUUUACUAGUUGAAUAAACACUCACUGGCCAGUUUAUUAGGUACACCCAUAUAGUACCGCCUCAGAACCUCCUUUGCCUCCACAACAGCCUGCAUUCUUUGGGGCAUUGAUUCUUCAUGGUGUCGGAAACGUUCGUUGCUCAAUUGGUACCUAAUGUGUGCCAGGAAAACAUUCACCACACCAGUACCCCACCGCCACCAACCUGUACCAGGCAGGAUGGGUCCAUGGACUCAUGCUGCUUAUGCCAAAUCCUGACUCUGCCAUCAGCAUGACGCAACAGGAACCGGGAUUCGUAGGACCAGUCAAUGUUUUUCCAGUCUCCCCGCACCAAGCCAGUGGUGCGCGUCGCCAGCCCGGUCCGGCCCGUUCCUGCUCCCCGCACCAAGAAAGUGGUGCGCGUCGCCAGCCCGGCCCGGCCCGUUCCUGUUCCCCGCACCAGCCAGUGGUGCGCGUCGCCAGCCCGGCCCGGCCCGUUCCUGCUCCCCGCAUUAAGCCAGUGGUGCGCGUCGCCAGCCCGGUCCGGCCCGUUCCUGCUCCCCGCACCAAGCCAGUGGUGCGCGUCGCCAGCCCGGUCCGGCCCGUUCCUGCUCCCCGCACCAAGCCAGUGGUGCACGUCGCCAGCCCGGUCCGGCCCUUUUCCUUCUCCCCGCACCAAGCCAGUGGUGCGCGUCGCCAGCCCGGUCCGGCCCGUUCCUGCUCCCCGCACCAAGCCAGUGGUGCGCGUCGCCAGCCCGGUCCGGCCCGUUCCUGCUCCCCGCACCAAGCCAGUGGUGCGCGUCGUCAGCCCGGUCCGGCCCGUUCCUGAUCCCCACACCAGGCCAGUGGUGCGCGUCGUCAGUCCUGCACGGUCCGUGUCUGUUCCACCGGUGCCUGGUCCGGCACCGGUCAGCUGCUCCACACCGGAGCCAGAGCAAUCCACUCCACCGAUGUCCAGCUCCAGUCAGCGGGACCAGACCAGGGGCGCAACGGGGAGGUGGAGAAAAGGUGGUGGUCACGCCCGGAGCCGGAUCCGCCUCCGAGGCCUCUUGUGUUUGUGUUGCGCGGUCGCAGUCCGCGCCUUUGGGAGGGGGGUACUGUCACGCCCUGGCUCUGGGGACUCUUAAAUUUUGAGCCAGGGUGUGUAGUGUCUAUGUUGUGUUUUCUAUGUGUUUCUUUCAAGAUCGUUUAUUUCUAUGUUGGCCAGGGUGGUUCCCAAUCAGAGACAGCUGUGGCUCGUUGUCUCUUAUUGGGAACCAUACUUAGGCAGCCGGUUGGCACUAGUUUAUUGUGGGAUCUUGUUCCGUUAAGGUGUGUUGUUGUAUGACCUAGGACUUCACGUAUCGUUUUGUUGUUUUUGUUCGGGUGUGUGUACUUAAUAAAAUAAUGUACGCUUAUCACGCUGCGCCUUGGUCCGCUUCUUAUAACGAUCGUGACAAUUUGAUUAGAUGUUCAGGAGUCUUAUGGCUUGGGGAUAGAAGCUGUUUAGAAGUGUCUUGGACCUAGACUUGGCGCUCCGGUACCACUUGCCGUGCGGUAGCAGAGAGAACAGUCUAUGACUGGGGAGGCUGGGGUCAUUGACAAUUUUUACGGACUUCCUCUGACACCGCCUGGUAUAGAGGUCCUGAAUGGCAGGAAGCUUGGCCCCAGUGAUGUACUGGGCCGUACGCACUACCCUCUGUAGUGCCUUGCGGAUGGAGGCCGAGCAGUUGCCAUACCAGGCAGUGAUGCAACCAGUCAGGAUGCUCUCGAUGGUGCAGCUGUAGAACCUUUUGACGAGCUGAGGACCCAUGCCAAAUCUUUUCAGUCUCCUUAGGGGGAAUAGGUUUUGUCGUGCCCUCUUCACGACUGUCUUGGUGUGCUUGGACCAUGUUAGUUUGUUGGUGAUGUGGACACCAAGGAACUUGAAGCUCUCAACCUGCUCCACUACAGCCCUGUCGAUGAGAAUGGGGGCGUGCUCGGUCCUCUUCUUUUUCCUGUAGUCCACAAUCAUCUCCUUUGUCUUGAUCACGUUGAGGGAGAGGUUGUUGUCCUGGCACCACAUGGCCUGGUCUCUGACCUCCUCCCUAUAGGCUGUCUCGUCGUUGUCGUGAUCAGGCCUACCACUGUUGUGUCAUCGGCAAACUUAAUUAUGGUGUUGGAGUUGUGCCUGGCCAUGCAGUCAUGAGUGAACAGAGAGUACAGGAAGGGACUGAGCACACACCCCUGAGGGGCCCCCGUGUUGCGGAUCAGUGUGGCGGAUGUGUUGUUACCUACCCUUACCAUCUGGGAGCGGCCCGUCAGGAAGUCCAGGUUCCAGUUGCAGAGAGAGGUGUUUAGUCCCAGGGUCCUUAGCUUAGUGAUGAGCUUUGAGGGCACUAUGGUGUUGAACGCUGAGCUGUAGUCAAUGAAUAGCAAUCUCACAUAGGUGUUCCUUUUGUCCAGGUGUGAAAGGGCAGUGUUGAGCGCAAUAGAGAUUGAAUCAUCUGUGGAUCUGUUGGGGCGGUAUGCAAAUUGGAGUGGGUCUAGGGUUUCUGGGAUAAUGGUGUUGAUGUGAGCCAUGACCAGCCUUUCAAAGCACUUCAUGGCAACAGAUGUGAGUGCUACGGGUCGGUAGUCAUUUAGGCAGGUUACCUUAGUGUUCUUGGGCACAGGGACUAUGGUGGUCUGCUUGAAACAUGUUGGUAUCACAGACUCAGACAGGGAGAGUUUGAAAAUGUCAGUGAAGACACUUGCCAGUUGGUCAGCGCAUGCUCGGAGUACACGUCCUGGUAAUCCGUCUGGCCUUGCGGCCUUGUGAAUGUUGACCUGUUUAAAGGUCUUACUCACAUUGGCUACGGAGAGCGUGAUCACACAGUCGUCCGGAACAGCUGAUGCUCUCAAGUAUGUUUCAGUGUGACUUGCCUCGAAAGGAGCAUAGAAGUAAUUUAGCUCGUCUGGUAGGCUCGUGUCACUGGGCAGCUCGUGGCUGUGAUUCCCUUUGUAGUGUGUAUUAGUUUGCAAGCCCUGCCACAUCCGACGAGCGUCGGAGCCGGUGUAGUACGACUCGAUCUUAGUCCUUUAUUGACGCUUUGCCUGUUUGAUGGUUCGUCGGAGGGCAUAGCGGGAUUUCUUAUAAGCUUCCAGGUUAGAGUCCCGCUCCUUGAAGCGGCAGCUCUACCCUUUAGCUCAGUGCGGAUGUUGCCUGUAAUCAAUGGCUUCUGGUUGGGGUAUGUAAGUACAGUCACUGUGGGGACGACGUCAUCAAUUCACUUAUUGAUGAAGCCAGUGACUGAUGGUGUACUCCUCAAUGCCAUCGGAAGAAUCCCGGAACAUAUUCCAGUCUGUGCUAGCAAAACAGUCCUGUAGCUUAGCAUCUGCUUCUUCUGACCACUUUGUUAUUGACCGAGUCACUGGUGCUUCCUGCUUUUGCUUGUAAGCAGGAAUCAGGAGGAUAGAAUUAUGGUCAGAUUUGCCAAAUGGAGGGCAAGGGAGAGCUUUGUACGCAUCUCUGUGUGUGGAGUAAAGGUGGUCUAGAGUUUUUUCCCUCAUGCACAUUUAACAUGCUGGUAGAAAUUAGUUAAAACAGAUUUAAGUUUCCCUGCAUUAAAGCCACUAGGAGCGCCGCCUCUGGAUGAGCAUUUUCCUGUUUGCUUAUAAUCAUAUACAGUUAAUUGAGUGCGGUCUUAGCGCCAGCAUCGGUUUGUGGUGGUAAAUAGACAGAUACGAAGAAUAUAGAUGAAAACCCUCUUGGUAGAUGGUGUGGUCUACAGCUUAUCAUGAGAUACUCUACCUCAGGCGAGCAUAACCUUGAGACUUCCUUAGAUAUCAUGCACCAGCUGUUGUUUACAAAUAUACAUAGACCGCCACCCCUUGUCUUACCAGAGGCUGCUGUUCUAUCCUGCCGAUACAGUGUAUAACCCGCCAGCUGUAUGUUAUUCAUGUCUUUGUUCAGCCACGACUCGUUGAAACAUAAAAUAUUAAGUUUUUAAUGUCCCAUUGGUAGGAUAUUCUUUCCUGUAGUUCGUCAACUUUAUUAUCAAGCGAUUGUAAAUUGGCCAAUAGUAUCGAUGGCAAAGGCAGAUUAGCCACUCGUCGCCGGUCCUUAUGGAAUAGCUGACCCUGCUCAUUCCUGAUUAAUUUAGGAUUUUAGACAAAUCUGACAGAGUUGACCAAAUCUCCUGACAAAUUUUUUAGGAAUCACAGUUUUGAGAGAAAUCACAGAGUGCUAUUUCAAGAAACUACAUUAGAUCCCCUUUCUGUUCAUAUUCAUUAUUGCCCGUUUUUUGAAUUUUAAACACUUUUUUGGAAAGUUUGAAAUUGGGUUUCUUUGCUCUGGACAAAUGCAUUUCAGGGCAUAGUGCUGACAUGGAAAUUAAUAAUAUUGAAAAUCCCAAAACUAACAUUUUCCCUUACGUAGUUCCCCAUGUAAUUGUUAAGCUCAAAUAAUGCAACAAAUCAAAUUUCUUUACAAUAAAAAUAACGUUUCCCUGCCGUACAAGGAUUGCCCCGACUUUCAAGAAUCCCUGCAUUAUGUUUCAUGGUGGGGUACACUAACGUUAAGAAAAGUUAUAAGUAAGGUUUGUUAUCACACACACAGACUCCUGCAGCACUACUUUUAGGACUUGAGUCUCAACCUGCUUAGAAGAGCUUUCAUGCUGAGCUAUCCUGUCUCCCCUCAGAUUUUCUAAGAACAAAAGCAGAUGUUUCCACUGUGAGAUAGUUGAGAGAUUAUCAUUCUCAGCCACCCUGCAGCUGCGUCAGUGUUUGGUACAUUCAUUUUUGGACAAUUAUAUUAAUAAUGUAUAGCUAUUGAUUGUUCAAGAAUAUGACUUAUAAAUGUCUCAUAAUAGUUCAGAAUUUGAAAGUGGUUUCAUUUCUCCAGUCUCAUCGCUCAGCUGUUUACCAAAACAAGUGGUGGGGUGACCGCUUGGUUGUUUUUCAAAUCCCAGCUUGCCCAUUUAAGGCUAGGCACCACACCCUAAUAGGUACAUUUUUUCCUCUUAUUCAUAUCACAAUGAACUUUUACAAGUUGAAUAAACACUCACUGGCCAGUUUAUUAGGUACACCCAUAUAGUACCGCCUCAGAACCUCCUUUGCCUCCACAACAGCCUGCAUUCUUUGGGGCAUUGAUUCUUCAUGGUGUCGGAAACGUUCGUUGCUCAAUUGGUACCUAAUGUGUGCCAGGAAAACAUUCACCACACCAGUACCCCACCGCCACCAACCUGUACCAGGCAGGAUGGGUCCAUGGACUCAUGCUGCUUAUGCCAAAUCCUGACUCUGCCAUCAGCAUGACGCAACAGGAACCGGGAUUCGUAGGACCAGUCAAUGUUUUUCCAGUCUUCAAUUGUACAGUGUUGAUGAUUGCGUGCCCACUGGAGCCGAUUCUUCUUGUUUUUAGCUGAUAGGAGUGGAACCCGGUGUGGUCGUCUGCUACAAUAGCUCAUCCAUGACAAGGAUCGACGAGUUGUGCGUUCCGAGAUGCCGUUUUGCACACCACUGUUGUACUGCGCCAUUAUUUGUUUGUUUGUGCCCGCCUGUUAGCUUAUGUGAUUCUUACCAUUCUCAUUCGACCUCUCUUUUCAACAAGCUGUUUACGCCCACAGGACUGCCACUGACUGGAUGUUUUUUGUUUGUUACACCAUUCUCAGUAAACCCUAGACACUGUCGUGCGUGAAAAGCUCAGGAGUGUGGCCGUUUCUGAGAUACUGGAUCUGGUGCCGACGAUCAUACCACGCUCAACGUCGCUUAGGUCACUCGUUUUGCCCGUUCUAUCAUUCCAUCGAACAGUAACUGAAUGCUUCGAUGCCUGUCUACCUGCUUUAUAUAGCAAGCCAUGGCCACGUGAUUCACUAUUUGUAGGAGUGAUCCAUUUUCCUAAUACCAAAUACCAUUUUCAUGUACCUAAUAAACUGGCCGGUGAGUGCAGACACCAAUAUAAUACUUUUUCGUAUUGUAACUUUUCUGAAAUAUUGUUUAAAAAUAUGCAAAUGAGGCAGUAUGCAAUUAAAUAUGUGCAUAUUUGCAUAUACUGCAAAAACUGUCAGCCUUAAUAUUUUGGUUUCGUUUUGUUAAGAUACUCCAGGACCGGACUUGUACAGAGCAGAUUGUGAAUAUAUACUUUUUUUCAUCUUUCUAUCCGUAAAAUCCUAAAGACAUGUAAGUAAACUGCAUUUUUGUGGCAUAUUUCUAAAGAAAAUGUUACCUAGAAUCAAAAUUUGACAACAUAUCAACAAUUCCCUCUAUACAAGUCUGGAGAAUACAGUGGGGAAAAAAAUUAUUUAGUCAGCCACCAAUUGUGCAAGUUCUCCCACUUAAAAAGAUGAGAGAGGCCUGUAAUUUUCAUCAUAGGUACACGUCAACUAUGACAGACAAAUUGAGAAAAAAAAUUCCAGAAAAUCCCAUUGUAGGAUUUUUAAUGAAUUUAUUUGCAAAUUAUGGUGGAAAAUAAGUAUUUGGUCACCUACAAACAAGCAAGAUUUCUGGCUCUCACAGACCUGUAACUUCUUCUUUAAGAGGCUCCUCUGUCCUCCACUCGUUACCUGUAUUAAUGGCACCUGUUUGAACUUGUUAUCAGUAUAAAAGACACCUGUCCACAACCUCAAACAGUCACACUCCAAACUCCACAAUGGCCUAGACCAAAGAGCUGUCAAAGGACACCAAAAACAAAAUUGUAGACCUGCACCAGGCUGGGAAGCCUGAAUCUGCAAUAGGUAAGCAGCUUGGUUUGAAGAAAUCAACUGUGGGAGCAAUUAUUAGGAAAUGGAAGACAUACAAGACCACUGAUAAUCUCCUUCGAUCUGGGGCUCCACGCAAGAUCUCACCCCGUGGGGUCAAAAUGAUCACAAGAACGGUGAGCAAAAAUCCCAGAACCACACGGGGGGACCUAGUGAAUGACCUGCAGAGAGCUGGGACCAAAGUAACAAAGCCUACCAUCAGUAACACACUACGCCGCCAGGGACCCAAAUCCUGCAGUGCCAGACGUGUCCCCCUGCUUAAGCCAGUACAUGUCCAGGCCCGUCUGAAGUGCAUUUGGAUGAUCCAGAAGAGGAUUGGGAGAAUGUCAUAUGGUCAGAUGAAAUCAAAAUAUAACUUUUUGGUAAAAACUCAACUUGUCAUGUUUGGAGGACAAAGAAUGCUGAGUUGCAUCCAAAGAACACCAUACCUACUGUGAAGCAUGGGGGUGGAAACAUCAUGCUUUGGGGCUGUUUUUCUGCAAAUGGACCAGGACGACUGAUCCGUGUAAAGGAAAGAAUGAAUGGGGCCAUGUAUCGUGAGAUUUUGAGUGAAAACCUCCUUCCAUCAGCAAGGGCAUUGAAGAUGAAACGUGGCUGGGUCUUUCAGCAUGACAAUGAUCCCAAACACACCGCCCGGGCAACGAAGGAGUGGCUUCGUAAGAAGCAUUUCAAGGUCCUGGAGUGGCCUAGCCAGUCUCCAGAUCUCAACCCCAUAGAAAAUCUUUGGAGGGAGUUGAAAGUCUGUGUUGCCCAGCGACAGCCCCAAAACAUCACUGCUCUAGAGGAGAUCUGCAUGGAGGAAUGGGCCAAAAUACCAGCAACAGUGUGUGAAAACCUUGUGAAGACUUACAGAAAACAUUUGACCUGUGUCAUUGCCAACAAAGGGUAUAUAACAAAGUAUUGAGAAACUUUUGUUAUUGACCAAAUACUUAUUUUCCACCAUCAUUUGCCAAUAAAUUCAUUAAAAAUCCUACAAUGUGAUUUUCUGGAUUUUUUUUUCUAUUUUUGUCUCUCAUAGUUGACGUGUACCUAUGAUGAAAAUUACAGGCCUCUCUCAUCUUUUUAAGUGGGAGAACUUGCACAAUUGGUGGCUGACUAAAUACUUUUUUUCCCCACUGUAUAUCUAAGGAUAACCACACUAAAUUAGUGAAUGUAGAUGCUUCUGAAGCUGAGAAAAAUGUGUUGCCGAGUGGGAAGAGUCUGACUUUCGGGAAAUGGCAGUUAAAGACAAGUACACUGCAUUUAGCACACCAAUCGCCUAUUUAGACCCAAUCACGAUCUCUUCAAAGUAAGUUUCUACAUAUAGUCCAGUUUGUAACAUUCUCUAUGAAAUGGGCUUUUAAUUGGUGUAUGAUUACAUGUAGUGGGCUUUGAAAUGACUGAUUUAUGCCCAUUUGAAUAUGGUUAAAAUUCAUGAAAUCUUUAUGCCGGUAGUAUGAUAAACUAAAGAAAAUAUACAUUUACAUCAAGUUUUUAAAAUGUUUAUGUUAACUUUUUGAAAGUACUAAUAUUAAAAGACCAAAAUACCCCCAAAUAUCAAAAUUGAUAAGUACAUGCAAAAAUGUAAUUUCAGCCUGUGGUGCCUUGCUUAAUGAAGACAUGCUGUCUGUCUAUAUGUGCGUGCGUGUGUGUGUGUGUGUGCACGUGCAUGCGUGUGUGUGUGACUGUCUUCCCCCCAAGGCUUUAAUUAUUCUGUCUGUGCCACUGUAGAUACGCUGGCUACUUCCUUCCUAAAAGCUACCACAGUCGUGACUGUCGCUAUGGGGACCAUGUUGUCAUCCACUACCACAGUUCACCCGGAGGUGUCUGACUGUCUCUCCAUGGUCCCAUUGUCCGGUUGUAACUAGUUCUGUUCUCAUGUGGAUGGUUCCCUGUUAAUAUGUAAUUCCUAUCGCAGCAUGGAAUGGUGAAAAUAAAUGAAUCUGUUCUCAUAAAUGUAUGGAAACUCACCUAGCUUAUUUGUACUGUUUGUACAGCAGCUCAGAAAGUAGAAACAACUCACACGAAAAGACAUCCUCUGUAAAUGAAAAAGUGAUAUGUUCGGCAUGUCUCCACUAUCUCUGUCCCCUCCCAUCACUUUAGUAGGUCAGAUCACGUAGUUUGGUGGAACCUCUUGACCUGUCUAGUUUAGAAAUAUAUCAUGAAUAAAUAUUUAUGACAGGAUGGAUUAAAAUCAGACUGUGGGUCUAUGUAGUUAGUGGUGGGAACUAUAGAAACCAACUGGGAAGUAGGUUGGAAGUAGAAAUCAACUCAGUGGCACUAUAGUUAGUCUCUCACCUGAGAUGGGAAAGUUGGGGUCUUGAGUCCUGGUCGAGUCAUGGACAACCAAAGGCUCUAAAAUUUGGACAUGAUACCUCUCUGCUUGUCACUCAGCAUUAAGGAGAUAGAUUGGAGGUAAGGCCCUGCGAUAGACUAGUGUCCAGUGGGUGGACUUGUACAUCAAGCUGCCUCAUAAUAAUUUAUUGAACUUUUAUAGAGGCUUUCAUUACUUAAAGAAUUUCAAAGAGCUUUUAAGUGGGAAAAAAUACAUGCCAUUUUUAAAAAGGAAACAAGAAACAGGAACAUGCCUUAUGGGCCAUGCUGGCUCAGACAAGGCUUAGUUGUCUGAGCCUAGAAUAACUUCUCAAUGGCUUAAUCUUUCUGUAACAGUUUUAGGUUUCUGACUACCAGUUUUGGAUUUCCUUUCAUGUACAUCAAUGCCUCUAGGGUUUUUCCAAGCUCACCAAGUCACUCUGAGAGAUCCAUGUCCAUGUCUCCAUAGUGGUGUGUUCUACAGCGUAAGACAACACAGUUUCCCACCCUUACUUUAGAUGUACCCGCAAGCUUUUUUCCCCCACAAUGUAUGGACUUCGCCACUGGGUGCCGCCCUAUCCCCAUGCAUUUAGCCAGCUCAGUGGACUGAGAUUUCUACCUGUCCAAUAUGGGGACUGAAUGGGCUCCUGAAUUUAUUCAAGUUCACCAGGGAGAGGCUGCAAAGGUUAACAAAGGGAGAUUCUCAAUUGGGGAAAAAGUCAGCCCUCUCCUCGACUCCUCCGUUCUCCUCUCCUCUGUGACCCGGAAACCGAUGAGUGUUAGAGUGAUUGAGGAGUGUCAACUCGUUAGUAGGCGAAUGAAGGAGUCUAUUCCCCUUUGAAUCAGCUCUUGUUUUCUCAAAGGAGAAAAGCAUACACACAUUUAAAAACAAUAAGCUACUUAUCCUUUUAUCUAUAAAAUGUCUUGCACAACUAGUUUAAUUCAGGGAGGUUUUCUUAACUUUUAGACAUUUAUUUUGGGAUUCCACCCCUGUAAACGUCAUUUGCCUGAUGAUGCACGAGUGGAGAAGGAGCAUCUCAUUUCAUACAAGCGUAUUUGUUUCCAUGUUUCCUCUCUUCUGCUCCUCGAUUAUCUUUGACCUUUUUAAAAAAAGAGGUGAGGCGAGGAAGGCGGGAGGAGAAGAGGAGGCGAGCAAAACCAAUUGAGAUUCUCCUAAAGACUCUGUUAUGUGUCCCUAUAGUAUUGUAUUGUGUCUCUCUGGUGACACAUAAUAUUAUAAAUAUAUAAUAUCUUUAUGAGGGAACAUGCAUGACUGAACCUUUCCAAUGUAUGAAUAGAUCAUUUGAUUUAGAUACACUAUAUAUACAAAAGUAUGUGGACACCCCUUCAAAUUAGUGGAUUCGGCUAUUUCAGCCACGCCUGUUGCUGACAUGUGUAUAAAAAUGAGCACACAGCCAUGCAAUCUACAUAGACAAACAUUGGCAGUAGAAUGGCCCAUACUGAAGAGCUCAGUGACUUUCAACGUGGCACCGUCAUAGGAUGCCACCUUUCCAACAAGUCAGUUCGUCAAAGUUCUGCCCUGCUAGAGCUGCCCUGGUCAACUGUAAGUGCUGUUAUUAUGAAGUGGAAAGGUCUAGGAGCAACACCGGCUCAGUUGCAAAGUGGUAGGCUACACAAGCUCACAGAACGGGACCGCCGAGUGCUGAAGGGCGUAUUGCGCAAAAAUCGUCUGUCCUCAGUUGCAACACUCACUAUGGAGUUCCAAAUUGCCUCUGGAAGCAAUAUCAGCACAAUAACUGUUUGUCUGGAGCUACAUGAAAUGGGUUUCCAUGGCCGAGUAGCUGCACAUAAGCCUAAGACCACCAUACGCAAUGCCAAGCGUCGACUGGAGUGGUGUAAAGCUCGCUGCCAUUGGACUCUGGAGCAGUGGAAACGCGUUCUCUGGAGUGAUUAAUCAUGCUUUACCAUCUGGCAGUCCGAUGGCCGCUUAACGCUACAGCAUACAAUGUCAUUCUAGACGAUUCUGUGCUUCCAACUUUUUGGCAACAGUUUGGGGAAGGCCCUUUCCUGUUUCAGCAUGACAAUGCCCCCGCGAUACAAAGCGAGGACCAUACAGAAAUGAUUUGUCGAGAUCGGUGUGAAAGAACUUGACUGGCCUGCACAGGGCCCUGACCUCAACCCCAUCGAACACCUUUGGGAUGAGUUGGAAUGCCAACUGUGAGCCAGGCCUAAUCACCCAACAUCAGUGCCUGACCUCACUAAUUCUCUUGUGGCUGAAUGGAAGUCCCCGCAGCAAUGUUCCAACAUCUAGUGGAAAGCCUUCCCAGAAGAGUGGAGGCUGUUAUAGCAGCAAAGAGGGGACCAACUCCAUAUUAAUGCCCAUGAUUUUGGAAUGAGAUGUUCGAGGAUCACCUGCGUUAAAGACGUUUUUAACCUCAAAGGUAUUUCCUGGUUAAAAUGAAGGUCUGUAGAGUACGCAACUAGAGGUGGGUAUGAGUUUAUCUCCAUAGAAUGAAUUAAUAAUUAGUGCACUGUGUUUCCAAACACUAUGACUGUAUACACCUUGAGGUUGUUAUUAUUAGUUUACAGUUGAAUAGCGAAUUUGCUUUUUAAAAUGACAAACAUUACACCCAUGGUGUAAUAGCUAUUUAGUUAUUACAAAAAUGUAAUACAUUAUGGAGAGGUAAGAGGCACAAUGAGUUAAAGGGGCAAUCCGGAAUUAGUACAUUCAUUUGUUUACUUUGAAUUGUUGAAUAAUAUAAUGUAUAAAUGCCUCCUGGGCUUAGUUGAACUGUUUUACUUUGAAUCCCAGAUUGCCGUUUUUAAAAACUAAGAGUGGGAGGCUGGGAACAGGAACUAAAAUCAUCUCUGCAUCGCUUUUUGAUGGAUUCCAUUUCCUCGCUCCGGUGUCACGCGUCAAGCAUCUCGAGAAAUGACGAGUGGCUUCCUUCUGUUUCUCUGUCGGGCCGUGGGAGGCGACAGGAGUGGGGACGGGCUGCCAGAAUCCAUCUUCCUCCCUCUUUACACCCCCCUCCCUCCGUCCCGCUCCAUUCCCCAACCCUCCACUUCAAACUUCUCAUACACUUCAGUGUCGACAACAACAGUGACAAGUGGGAAAUGGAGAUGGAACCAUUUUAUGAGUGGGAGUAGAAAUGAUCAUAACUCCUUCCGUUUGGGGAGUACAGGCACGCAUGCACACACACAGGUUUGUGUUUGUCUUUGUCUGUCCUAUUACAUGACUGUGUGCAUGAACAUCUAUGUGUACACGUGUGACUUCUUGUGUGUGUACAUGCUUGUGUGAUUUGGUUGAGCAUCUGUGAAUGCGUUUUGAGUGUGUUCCUGUGUGAACAUGUGAGUGCGUGUGUGCAUACGUGCCUGUGUACGUGCGUGCGUGCAUGCGUGCGUAUAUAUGUUUGUGUGUAUGCACAUUCAUUUGUGUGUGUGUGUGUGUGUAUGUUCGUGCAUGCGCGCAUGUGUGUGCGUGCAUGUGCAUUUGUCUGUGUGUGUAUCUGUGCACUCUUCCAACUCAUCCAUCCAGCUCAGGAUCCAUCAUCUCUGGCUGCCUUGCAGUGCGUGGUGCUGAUCUGCGUUGCAGCCCUGGCGAACAGAUGUCAGGGACUACUGAUAAUGUCCCUCCGCAGAGCAGCAACAAAUUACGGACCAGCGCUACGGAAAAUAACCUUCAGAUUACAGAUGGCCUGUAUCACGGGCCCUGGUCGGAUUUACAAGAUGUAAAUACUAUAGGGAGAGGUAAUCCAGUGGGGGAGUAAGGGGGCGAGAGAGAAGGAGGGAGGGCUAACAGCUGGCAGGGGAGACAGGGCGGAGGGGGGUUGGGGUGCGAGGUGAGACUGCACUGAUACACUGAUGUUGGGAUGAUGAUGGUGUGUGUUUGAUGUGCUCCAGAGGAAAGCUGAAAUGAAACAGGGCAUCAAUGAAACAGAUCAUCGUUACAUGAUGUGGGUGCACUGGAUACGUAUCCCCUGGGGCUAA